AUGUCAGGUACUUGAAUUUAUUUCAUAAGAGCUUUUCUGUAUUUCCGCCCCCCCCAAGUUGAGGUUCUGCAAUACAAGCUGUAGUACGUAGAGCUCCAUGUGACCUCUUUCCCCCCAGUGCGCCAUUCACCUGUUCAGUGACACUAUGCACACCAGUGGUUCCCAAACAUUUGGGAGCCACGACCACCCCCUCGGUUCCAUAAACUCACCCCCCAGUGCCCCUCUACUCCAUAAAAAGCAUUAUUCAGAAUAGUGGUUUGCACAACCAACUAAGGAGUCUAAUAACACAGUUAUAAUUCAAGACAGGAACAAUUAAUUGCACAAUUAUUCAAAAUCCAAUUAAAACUAUUUAGCUAAACUAAUUCAACAAAAUUGAUGAAGUUUAUCCAGUGAUGCCAUCUUUUCGAAGUCUGAAAACCUCCAUGUUAGGGAAUCAUUCUGACAGAAACAGUUAGAAGGUUCCAGAACAUUCAUUUAUAUAUGGGAGUGGCAUGCUUAAAGUGAACAUUUCUGGAGGUAUGUCUUUAUUGCUCCUCUGACCUUCUAAUUUGAAUACUCCAUGCCACUUAGCACCUCCUUAGGUACCAAGAGGAUGAUACCACCCACUUUGGGAAUCACUGGUAUACACAGAGUAUACAUUAUGUAGUAAUCCAUGCUUGUUCUGAGGUUUUGUGUGCAUUGCAAGGCAUCUGAGCAUUGCAUUCUGCACAUCGCCACUGAUGCAGUUUCCCUAACCAUUUGAGAGGCGAUGAUACUCAUGGAGCCAUAUCUACUACGGUUGUUAAUGGGGUGUAGCGUAGUUCUGGCAACCGUGCCAGAAAUCACUAGAUUGAUAUGAAUGUCUGUACAAGCACCUAUAUACUGUAUGCAGAUAAGAGGAAGGAGAAGAGAGAUCACCAUUGCUGGUGAAUCAGGGAAGAGGCAGGCAAGUAAUCCUGACUUUCAUGAUGUACUUCGAAAGGGAAGAAGCAGGGCAAGUCCGGGGAAGAAAGAAGUGAGGCUCAGUUAUGGAAGAUUUUUCUUGCUCCCAGGGAAGGUAGAGAAGGAAGUGAGUGGAUAAGGGUUGCCCUUAGUUAUUUGGAAGGUUCUUGGCCAAUUGCCAGUUCAUAUAUAAAAUGGGGUUGGUGGUCAUAUUUACACAAAAAGGGCUAAGGAGAGAAGUCUGCUUUAUCUCGCUUUCCUUUGCUGCAAUCCGUUUCUUUAGGCAGUUUAUGUCACCAAGGUCUGAUAUUGAAGGUGCACCAGACUUGGAUGAUGGUGAUGGUAAUUUAUUAUUUAUACCCCACCCAUCUGGCUGGGUUUCCACAGCCACUCGGGGAAGCUCCCAACAGAAUAUUAAAAACACCAUAAAACAUCAAACAUUAAAAACUUCCCUAAACAGGGCUGCCUUCAGAUGUCUUCUAAAAGUCAGAUACUUUAUUAUUUCCUGGACAUCUGAUGGGAGGGCGUUCCACAGGGAGGGUGCCACUGCCGAGAAGGCCCUCUGCCUGGUUCCCUGUAACCUCACUUCUCACAAUGGGGGAACUGCCAGAAGGCCCUCGGAGCUGGACCUCAGUGUCUGGGCUGAACAAUGGGGGUGGAGAUGCUCCUUCAGGUAUACUGGAUAAAAAGUGCUUAAAGCAACAGAACUCGGCAAAAUAAGGGGAAAGCAGGCAAGUUUUGCCUAGUUUCACAAAAAAGAUAUAGGCUUCACUGUGACCCUGUAUGAACUGAGUCUAAACAAGGAGAGCAUUGCAAAGCUUUCGAACCACCACCAAAAAGACCCUAUCUCUUGUGCCUACCCAUCAGUUCUCCUAACACUGACAUGUCAGAAAGCAGGACUAUAUGUUUAUGUCACUUCUGUAUUUUUUAAAACUAUAUAGGGUCUGAGUUCUUCCUGUUUUAAUUACCUGCCACUGUGCAAUUUAUUAUUCGUAUGGCAGUAGCAUUGGACCCAUGUUGAGGAAAGAUAAUUUGCUUGAGCUUCUUCCUUUCUUUAAAACAUAAAUGUGCAUUUCUGCUACAAAUUAACAAUAAUUUAGCAUUGCUUGAUUUGGCCCAUGGACAUUUAGCUUCCAGGACUGACCUGGGUGCACCUAUUGCCAUAAGCCUGAUUGCAUUUGCCUUGGUUGAUCUCUCUCACUGAUGCCAACCCACUUCCUUGCCCUCAGAUGCAUGCAUAUUUUAGAGCGUAAAAAAGGGGGAAGUAAACACCCCUUAUCGCUUUCUGUAGAUCGUAAGCAAGACUGUGUGUCCGAGGAUCUCUGCAAAAUAAUCACUCACCUCAGUCCCACGGUUCCUAGAAGGCCAUUGAUAUGGAGAAGAUAUCUGAUUUGUGCAUCUACAGAAUUUUGAAUUAAUCGGGUGCUCCUGUUUAGCAGUCAGAGAAGAUUUUUUUUAAAUUGCAGCGAGAAUGCUUGGAUGUGUGAUUGCCCAACUUGCCAUUCAGAAAUGGGUGAACAAUCUGCAUGUUCUGAACUUUGUCUUUGUUCCUUCAUCUUUUAUUUCUGGGCAAGUUAAAACAAUAACAUCUUAGAGGAUUAUACUUUGCCAAUUGAAUGAUGUCUAGGACAAAAGACCGUUUCUAUAAAGAAGAGACUGGUUUCUAUAAAACUGCAGCAUUCUUUUUUGUGUUUUCCAUCCUUAUUUGUAUGCCUAGACUCUUAUUUAUGCUUCACACUUUUGUGUGUGUGUGUGUGUGUGUGUGUGUACACACACUAUAGUUGCUGGUCUGUGUGUUGGUGAUCUCGUUUUGAUUCCAUUCAUUGUAAAGCUGUAGUGGCUUUUCUGUUGAACUGAAGGCUAUUAUAUAUCUGCAUUGUUAAUAUUCAGUGCAAAUUACUCAUGAAAGAACAGUAUGUUUUGAGGGCAGCUUUUAUAUAAACCUUGUGUAUUGUCUGUUAACUGCACCAAGCAUUUAUGACUUAGGUGGUUUGGUAUCAAUGUUUCUAAUCAGAAAUAUUACCAUAAAUGUGUAAUUUAUCAAUCGGAGGCAAUAUAACAGAUUAUACUGCAAGGCUCUGAGACUAACUGAAUACUUUGCACUUUCAGAAAAGUGAUAUUUUAAAUUACCACAAAGUGUAAUUAAUGACUUUAUAUUGUCUGGGGAAAUAAGCUCCUGCAGGCAACUUUUUGAUAGUUCUCUACCUGCACUUUUUACUAGUGGUGUUGGGAAAACUGUGGAACAAUCUGCUGCCCACUCUUAUUUGAGAUCUGAUCUCAAAAGAAAAGUGUGAGGUUCAUUUUGAUGUAAGAGGGUGAAAUUGGUUACCGCUGGACCUCCCAGAUUACUCAGUGCAUUAAUAUUCAGAGCUCAUAAGAAAUUAUUUUUAGACCUCUGUUUACAUCUUCUGUGGUAUUCAUUGCUUCAGGUUACAUUUACUGUAGGCUUCUUUGGUUCAGCCAAAAGUUUCAUUAUGAUCACUGAACAAUUUCUCAAGACUGAUAUUGCACCCAUUCUUCGAGCCUUAUUCCUAUAGAGGAAGAAGCCUAGGAAGAAAAAUGAUCCGCUUGAUCCUGUUGAAAAUGUGAAAUAUUGCUCCCUAAUAUUGAGAAGGUAAUGGAAAGGACCAUGCAAAACCCUUUUCUGUGCGCUGCUUUUUCUCAAAUAGUUUAUGCUGAGGACAGAGAUGGCUUGUUGCCUAGCAAUCAGUAAGUGUUUCCUUUCCCGGAACUGGCAAAACAAACAGAUGGGGCUGAAAUUCUAUGGGAAUAGUAACUCACCCGCGAGGCAUUUUUGCUAUCUGAGGCAUCUGCUGCCUUGCUCUCCCAGUCACUGCCCAUCUCAUCUUUGUUGGGAUGUAGAAGGCAUAUAAGUUAGAUUUAACAGCUGUGCACAGGGUGCUCUCCCUCCUGAAGCUACAAAAAAACACCCACACCCACAUCUCUCCUGUUAACUUCUGGAACAGGAAAGCUCUUAAGUUUUGGGAUUUCAUAAUCACAUUUUUCAUCUUUUCUUUCAUGUUGUUAUAGCUUUCAUAUAUAUCUUUCAUUGGGGAUUAAAGAAAAUAUUUUAGAGCCCUCUUUCUUUGUUCUACACAGGUACCCAGUUGAUCCACAGCCUAUCUCUGAUACACGCAAUAGAUGAUGCCACCCAAACGAAGGAAAACAGCUGUUUUCACUGUCCCCGUUUUUAUUAGUUUUUUUUAAAAAAGAGGCAAAAAUCUCAGUAGCGCCAUAGUAAUAUGAAUUUGUAGUUCAGCUUCUCCUAGAGAAUCAGUGCAAGCAAUAGCAUUCAAAUAAACGUUUAACGGUAUUAAUUGAAAAGACUCACAAUCAAAAAAGAAAAAGAGAGAGAGGUAGAGACGAAAAGAGAAAGAUGCUCAGUGUUCGCAUGUGAGAACGGGCUCAGAUGCAUACACAUGAGAUGUGGUCCUUCCCCACAUGGUCACUGCACCUGUGCACUGGGAGUCCCCAUUGGCUCCCCUUUCCCACUCAGUGUGCAAGAAGCACAAGUACGCAUACAAAUACCACAAUGGGCUCUUGUGGGAAAUGGAAAGUCUAUGACCUAUUAACUGAGUGAAGGGGGAAGGCCAUGCAUAGACCUCUCAUUUCCCAUAAAAGGCACAUUGAGCUGCCUAAGUAUACCAGUGUGCACAAACUGAGGAAGGGAGUGAACCCAUUCAUGUGUGGGGAGUGAUUGUAACCAAUGUCCACAAGGAUUUCUCUAUCUGCACAUGGUGAUGGGGGCUAAUUCUCAGCAUACAAAGGAAUAUGCUCGUGUGUACAUUGUUGUAGGCAUGAGACUGGCGCAAACAUUCACUACAUAUUUUUUGGUCUCUAGAUCCACUUAGAAUAAUAUACGGUAUGUUCAAUUUUGUUUCCCUUGGAACUUCAUUGUUAAUUGUUUUAACUAAUGAAUCUUGCGUGGGAGGGGGAGACACCAACAAACAUAAUAUAUGCAUUCGCUGUAUGAACUGUGAUUAUUCUGGAAAUCAAGCAGUUCAUCACAUUGGACUGCAGAAAAGUUUUGUGUAGUACAAAAGACACAACAACCUUCCCCCACAAAAAAAAUCCUCAUGCUAAUAAUUUCCCCCCCUAUAUGUCAACAGUGUAUUAUUGUCUUAGUGAAAUAGGAAAUUUUGCAAAAUUCAAAGCGUGUGUGUCUUGAUGAUUUCUUACAACAUCCAUGUUUAAACAAAUUACAAAUCUGACAGCAGCAAAAGUCAUGACUAACAACCUUUAAAAACUCGGGAGACUUAGAUAUAAACCUCUUGAAAAUAAAACCUUUCUAGCUUCUCUACAGCUUUCAUCUGAAGUUGUAAAUAUAUUGAGUGAUUGGAAACAGGACCUAUAAACCUUUCAGGUUCAAAUCUUGUGAAUAAGCACAUUUUUCUCUUUUUCCAUUUGCAAAUGUACUGAAACCUGAUAGCAUGCCUAUACUUGGUUUACUAUCCCUGUUAAUUUUAAAGGUAUUUGUCUCUUUUGAGGGGGGCGACAGUAUACCAGUAUACCCCCAAGUGUAGCAACUUGAGUGUCAGGAAUUCAGCAACUGCAGGUUUGUACUGGCUGCUCCUGAACCUCUGUGAGUCUGUCCUGCAGUCAAACAUAGCCAUCACAAAAGUCCCAUGUUAACUAUGCGUCAGGUGCACUGAUUUAUGCUUACAUAAAUGAAUCCAUGGUCAGCCAAGGUCUUCUCACCAAUGAAUCACUUCAGAUUUUAGUUGUAGCACUUUUUGUGCCUUCCCAUUUCUCUGAUACCAUAUCGCACCUUUUGUGGGAAUGAGAUGCUUCUUCCAACAGAGACAACCCUUGCUAUGCUUGGUUUGUUACUGCCAUUCAUUUGAAAAGUACGUGUUAUGCCACCUGAAUCCAGAAGCAACCCAGAGACAAGAGUUAGAGGCUGCUGAGGCACCAGCUGAGGAGCCGAACCCAGUUCACGGCUUUGAGCUGGCCACCAGAGAUCAGGGGACCACUCCGACUGAGGCCGGCAGAAAGUUGCACCCAGAGCAGGCCCCAGACCACCAAGGCCAGAACCUAGGUCCUCACAGGUCCUUUCUCCUGAGGAGCCAGAUACCUCCCACUGCACUUCACCAGUCCAGCAUGAGCAUGCUAGGCUCUGAAACAGACCAAAGGUGCCCCAUCUUCAGGCCCUUUCUGGCUCUGAAAUUUUCCUUAGGGGUGAAAUCUGGAGGCAGAGGCUUCAAAGGCCUCAAUCUGCUCCCAACCCUUGCCAGAACAAGUUGCUCACUUGGAGCUAUCCAUGGUCCUGCAGCUUCUGGCCUAGCCUUACCUCAGGCCUCAUCCUGCCUUGCCUCCAGUCUUGCCUCGCUCCCAGCCUUGUCCUGCCUUGCCUCAUCUGCCACUCUCUGUAGCAUCAGACCGGAACACAACGUUAUGUUCUUUUUUGAGGGGGAAAGCAGCAUAUAUAAGCACAAAGAGGUCCGUGGCUCCUAAAGAGGUAUUCAGCUUUAAAGGUGCACUCAGUGACUUGCAUCAGUUUAGCUGCAGAAGCCACUUGUACAAUAGCAGCCAGAGUGGCGAGGCUGAGUUGUGAAGACAUUCAUUCCUGACACCACCACCCUAUCCUGCCUCAGCCACAUUGAGGUAGUCUGUAGCAGCACCGGUUUUUGCUAAUAUACUAGCACAUUCUUGCUAUUGUGCACCCAAAUUUUGCUAGCAUAAAAGGUAAAGGGACCCCUGACCAUUAGGUCCAGUUGUGGCCAACUCUGAGGUUGCAGCGCUCAUCUUGCUUUAUUGGCCGAGGGAGCCAGCGUACAGUUUCCGGGUCAUGUGGCCAGCAUGUCUAAGCCACUUCUGGCGAACCAGAGCAGUGCACGGAAACACUGUUUACCUUCCCACCGGAGCUGUACCUAUUUAUCUACUUGCACUUUGACGUGCUUUUGAACUGCUAGGUUGGCAGGAGCAGGGACCGAGUAACGGGAGCUCACCCCGUCGCGGGGAUUCGAACCACCGACCUUCUGAUCAGCAAGUCCUAGGCUGGUUUAACCCACAGCGCCACCCGCGUCCCUUUUUGCUAGCAUAGUGGUGGCAUAAUGCCACAGACUGUGAAAUUAAGUCACGUUCAACAUGUUCAGUUUCAGGUUCGAGGACAACUGACCAGUCCCGAAGUGGGGAUCUACUAUAGAUCUUCAUUCUUUGGCCUGAUCUCUAAAGCAACUGAAACUGGCUUUUGUGCAUGGAAGGCCACUGGAUUAAGAUCAAGUCCACUCCUUCAACUCAACCAAAAUGAUAUGGGCUUAUCUGGUAUUUUUAUUUUACUUUUUAUUUUACUUUAUGGUGUACACAAUUAAAAUAUAUGCAAAGGAAUGUCACAGGAAAGUGCGGUCUUAAAAUAGCUGUUGAACAAAAAUACAGUUUCCUUAUUGCUAAUGAACGUAGAAACACAUUUAUGACAAACACCUUUAAGGUGUCAUUUUUUUUACAAAGCAAAUGCCAUUACAGUCACAGGAAGUUCUACUUAAAGUUCACUGCAAAUUAUUCUUAGUCUAGUCAGACACUUUCCUUAGACACUUUCGCAGCCUUUAUAUUAUUGACAGCAUCAAAUUAGAAAAAGGUUGCAGUUGCUAAUAUUUUUCCUUUGCUUGCAGCUAGAAAAUUAUAGAUUUAAAAUGUGUGGCUACUAAACAUGAGAGGAAGACAAAUAUGGGAGAAUGGCUCAUAGUUUUCCAUACCACAACUGCAACUUGUGCAUUCUGCUUUAUGGUUAACUGUAUUGCUCACCAUUACCGUUUUACAUAUACUGUAUGAGGAGGAAAAUUUCACUCAAGUGAAAUUGUUGCAAUUGUUCAAAACAGAAUGCAUAAUAGAUUCAAAUUAGUUUCUUGCAAAUAUAUGCCCAUCCUCAUAUGGCUUUUUAAAAAUGGCAUUUUACAGAAACAUCGGCCGUGGCUAAUAAAACCAUCUGCAUCAAAUUUUCAUGACUGGAAAUUGCCUGAGACUUCUCUGAAGGAAACCAUUACUAAUAUUAUCUCCCUUGAAAGCUAGACCUUUACACAGGGUAUCUUUCAUGUAAUUUUUUUUUCAUACAUACAUUGCUGUUGGGUUACAACAUCCCACUACCUCUGGCAGCGUGUAGCUGAAUACACUUUAGCAAGUCAAAACUCUGCGAGAUGCUCUACAUUGCUGCUGCCUGCUACGUGCGUAAGGCCAGCAGGGUUAAAACCCUCAAGGUAGGAGUGGCACCUGAUUCCAUCUUGCGGCCACAAAGCCGAGCAGAGAGAGGCAAUAGUAGCAGGACCGGAACUGCUAAGCGUGCCCACAUAAGAAUGUUGGCCUUAGGUAACAGAGUGUCCCUCAGGUCAGCCUACAAUAAGAACAAAGUCAAACAAGGCUGAAUCCUUGAUGUUUUGUGUUUUAAGCAUCUGAAAAUUGUUCAUGACCAGCUUCGACCCACAAGACCUCAAAUGAUCAUAGGAGCAAGGCAAUAAAUUGAUGGUAACUUGCCCAGGGCCCACGUUCUAGACGUGGCGCUGGCGAAAGUUGCAUCCGUUGGCUCUACCUGUGCACAAUUAAACCUCACUGCCUUUGCUGGAUUUCGUAGAAGGGAAACCGAUGUGUCUAACCGCACCGAAUGGAAACUGACCAUGGUGGCUGAAAGUGCAUUGCUGGAAAACCUCUGCGUUCUUCUACCGGUGCAUUCAGGGGGCGAUGCAUGUGAAUUCCACCCGAUCGAGAGAAGUGGGGGAACAUUUGCUUUCCAGAACUCCACAGCUAAACAAGAUCUUGGCAAUGCCAACCGCUUGUCAACCAGUGUUUGUCAAGCCUCCAGAACAUGGCCUUCCAUCCUGGGAUGGGCUGAUGCACUUUCCUGGCAGAAAAUAUAAAUGGAAUGUCCUAGACAUAACAGACAGGCAUUUAUGUAAGAAAAGGCACUGUGAAAGUAGCAAUGUGCUGAGAAUCGGACACCAGCCUACACAAUUCCUGCAUGCUUCGAGAGCAUGGACUAGCUCAGUGAUCCUGCCAGGCCACACAGAUAUGAAUGUUGAAGGCAUAACAAAUGUCAAGGAAUACCAAAUGCAAGAGACAAAAUGUAAAGGUAAUUGAAAUUAUUAUGCAAAGUGUAGCAGAUCUUUAUAAUUCAGGUUAUAUGUGAUCUAGUCAGGCCGUAAACAGUAUAUUGUAUCAUAUUAAUAGCAGCUAUAGUAAUCAUCAACAUUAUUUUUUUCAAGCAAUCAUUAUUUUAAUUUGUCUUGCCUAUUGUUUUACUGUUUAGAGUGGCUACAUGUUCAGCUGCAUAUAUUUUAGUGUUAUUUUUCCUCUUUAAGAAAGCAAAUGCUAAGUAGAAGCGUCAAAUACACCCUAUCACUUUCUAGCAUCAUGGAUAUAUAAUUCAAUUAGUUGUUUUUCUCCUCAGAUUUAUGGUCAGUUUGUUUACUGGCUGAAUGUUAAUAAGCAGUGAGCUGGCAAGAGUAUAUUGUGUCCUUUCUAUUCUGUUUUUCCACCUGCAGACAGCCUUGAAAGAUGUAAUUAUUUUAUCCUUUUGGCAACAGAAGUGGUGUUUCAUUUAUAUGCCUAUUUUAUUUUCACUGGAGUAUAUAAUCUGUUAAUGUUCGUGCCUAAAAAAAGAAGUCUCUUGUCUCCUGCUGUGAAAGGAGGGGCCCAGUAGUUGUUUUCUUCUACUUAAAUCCUUGCGUCACAUCAGGAGGAAAGAUUAUAAUGUCACAAAGGCUAUCACCUCAUGAAAAAGUUAAACUGGUUUAAGCACCUGAUUUCUUCAGAUUUGGGAGCCCUUUACCUCAGAAUGCCUCCUUGCUAACAGAUGUCAGGUGUUGAUCGCUUUAACAUCUUACUGAGGGCUGUCAGAAGACUCCCAGACAGUUCCACCAAGGCUUCUGUUAUUUUCCAUCCUGUUUCAUUGCUAAAUGUAAGAAAACAUUUUACCCCAAAGAGGAUAAAUAAGAAUUGUGAAGUGAUAAGCAGUCUAAUUAGCUAAUAUCUAUUAACAUGUGGCUAGACACAUGUGAGCCUAAUGAAUUUGGUGGCCUUGCACACGGGGCUAUUCCAUUUAUUAAGACGGUUGAAGCUAGCUUUUGAAAAUUGUAUGAAAACAGGCUUUGAAGUGAGAUUUUCGCUAACUGGGUAUUUUUAUAAAUGCAUGCCUUCGCGUUUGUUUCAAAACAGUCAGCUAGCUUGCUUCAUGCAGCUGUUAACGGAAAAUAAAAAUGAGAGAGUGCCACUUUGAGAAAUUUAGGAUUUGUGAAAAAUGAACUAGCAGGUCAGUUUAGCAAAGCAAAUGCCUUGAAAAUAUAAGUCAGUUGGUCUUACUUAUAACCAAUAAUCCGCAUAUCAGUGGUCACAAGCCUGGUUUAUCUCAGUGGAGCAUCAAUGUAUAUGGUGCGUUUUAUAUUAGUUAGUAACUAUUUUCUUUCAUCUUUAGCGUAAUUGGUGGUUUUUCCUUAGGAACAUAUUGGGCUUUCUGUAAGGGGAACAGGACCCUUCUAACUUUUAUGGAGGACCCCUGUACCUCUAGAAGUUGUGUUAAGGAGAGAACUGUGGUAAAAUCAGUUUUCUACAUCAUAGUUGUGGGAGAAGUUGCAUUUAGUCCUAUCAUGUCUUGUAGACGAUUGUUAAUUCUCGGGAUCUGCAGAAUCUAACCAUCCAAAGUAGGAGCCUUGAUAGAAUCUUACAGUGAAAAACCAUCCCUAGGUAUAUGCCCUCAUUUCCAUGGAGAUACAUGGUUUUAUUUCUACAAAUUAUAAUCUAAUAGUAAGAUAUUGCCAUUUAGUUGCUUAGAAAUAACAUAGGAAUUGACAUGGUUCAAAUACUCUCUGAAGUCACUUGUCUAUUAUUCCCGGUUUAUUAUGUCUCUUGUGCUCUGUUAAUUAUCGGUGUGAAACUGGAGAAACUGAAUAAUAUAUUACGGCAAGCUAUAAUAUAUAUCAGAUGAAUAUUACAUCUUAUAUGGGACUAUUUUCAGUCGGCUCUUUAGCGUUUGUUCCCCUUUAGAGAUGCACGUAACAACAAUACCUGUAGCUUUAAAAGGUGUAACGUUCAAUGCUGCUUUUAUGAUACUAAGGCUGCGAUCCUAUAUUGCUCACUGGGAAGCAAGUAUCAUUAAAAUCAGUGGGGCCUACUUCUGCGUAGAUAUGUAUAGGAUUGUGCUGUAAACGAAAUAGUCAGAUCAGGAAAAGCAUGUUUAAUGCAAAGUGUACAUGGACAUCAAAAGCUUCCUUUCUGCCCUGAGUUACCACAUCCUACAUGUGGACAAGACAAAGGUAUCUGUCCUUUGUGCAUUAGGUUUUACUGAAUGUGCUUUUAUAACAGUAUUGUUAACUUCUGUGUUGGAAAAAAGAGUAAGAGUGUAUGAAGUGGCUUUCAGGUGGCAUGGGCUUAUGCACUCUGUAACUAAGAGACACAAAGUGUAGUUCACAAAUAUGCAAGAAAUAUACCUUCUGAGCGCAGCUAAAGUGCUGUUUGCGCUUAGCAGAAAUAAAGACAUGGAAACCAGCAAACCCAAAGCAGUGCAUACUGUAGAUUUGGGUAUUCAGUUCGCGUGCGGAUCGUAUGCGAUGAUAAAUGUGUUUGCUUGAAAAUAGGUUCCAUGGGCUAGCACACUAGUACUCUAAAAGGGUGGUGGUCCACUUACUAACUGCUAUUGCAGCUAAAGCACUAUUGCUCACACAAGAAGCAGGCGGAACUUGUCAUCCAAUAGUAACUGGAUUUCAUGGCUUCUAUGCACUAAAAAGGCCCACUGGAUUCUGUGCAAGUAAGCAGAAGAGAACUUUUCCCCAUCUUUUCUCUGCCCCUACAAGGACCCUUCAAAAACACAGUUGGACGUUUGGCCACGGGGGCCAGUGCUAGGAAGAUUUUAUCAGAAUCUAUAGCCCCAUGGUAGCCAUUGUAGAGACCUCCACAUGUUGCAAACUACAACCCCAUCAUCCCUGGCCAUGAACCAUGGUGACUGGAGCUGUGGGAGUUGUCCAGAACAUCUGGUAGUACCACACUGGGUACUCCUACUAUAGGCUGUUGCUUCAUCGCAGCACCUCAUUAAAUCAGGUUUUUUUAAUUUGUUCAAAAAAGCUUGCACAUGUUCAUUGGCAAGAACCACAACUUCCUUAGGAAACUGCAGCUUAUCAAAAAGUGGAAACUUCCUGUCAUGUGCAAAAGAGACCAUGUGUGUGUGUGUGUAUUUGUAUGUGUGUGCGAAUCUGAAGUUUGUGCUUGUACCAACAAACCAUGAUUGUUAACAUAUCUGAGCCAGGCCACUAUCUUGAAUAACUUGACGGUUUCAUCUCCCCAUCCUUCUGAGGCUCAUGCUAUUGAUAUUGCCUCUUCAUUGCAAAUUAAACCAAUUGUAGCUGAUUCAAUUUGGAUCAUAUUUUCCUGGCCAUGGAUACCAUUAGAUAUUCAACAAAAUUCUUAUGUUUACAUUACAACCUUUAAAUGUGCAAUUUCCCCCCGUACUUUAUAAACGGAAAAGCUGAAUUGCCUUCAUCUUUGUUCCCGGUCUUUCCUGCUAUUUUGUCUAUAUGUCUUUCAGCAGUCACCGAGGUUUACUUUUUAAAUGAAUAAUGGUAUCUGAUCUUAUAAUAAUAGGAGGAUAUGAAAAUAAUAAGAGAAAGGAGCAUCUUGCAGGCCGCAAGCUGCCUCCCCUCCCAGUGUUGCAGUCAGAUGUAAUUGAAUGUAGGGAUGAUGCGCAAACUUUAGAAUACUCAUGAAAUGACUGCUAUCACCUCUCUCUUUCCUUGCCACAGGGCUCAGAAACUUACCUUGAAUGGUAAAAGAAGGGAGCAGAAACAGUAGGCAUUCCUCCAAACCCUAAAGGAGCAUUUUCCCCAACCUAGGAUGGGGGCUGUGGGUUGUAUUCAAUGAGUAAACCCAUUGAAAUGAAUCAAAAUGUCUUCAUUAGGUUGAUUAAUUUCAGUCAGUCUACUCUGAGCACAGCUUAGUGGAAUACCUCCCGUAGUCCGCAUCCUAGGUUGGGCAACCCCCGGAAGCUCCCUAGGGAAAUUAACAAAGCGUACACCGCCAUGCUCCAUUAGCCAGUCCCAGCAUACCGUCUGGAGGUGAAGGACAGGCUGCUUCCUUGCAGUUACAAAGGGUUUUGGUGGACCUUGGAAGCCCAAUGCAAUCCUGUCCUCCAGCUCCACACUUGGUAUGUUUUGGCAAAAGGUCAUAGUGCCCAUCACCCAAAAUGGCCAUCUCAACUCCCACCUGUCCCUCCAGCUCUGGAAGGAAAGGCCGGGCCUAAUAGUAGCCAUAUUCCGAGUCCCUCAGUAGUCACAUUUAACCUUCCCAGCCAGAGCAGGGAGUGACAACAGAGCACCAAAACAGCAAGCCCCCCACUCUUUGCAUCAAUCCUGGAGCUCAGGAGUGCAAAGUCGACCGUGGCAAGUUGUGAGCCCCUGGUAUCUUUUAAUUCACCAAGCUUUUUCUGUGUAGGAACAAGUACAUUUCCAACACGUGCAAAAUCAUAUUGGGCUGUGGAUAGCUUCUGGACAACAUGUUCUGCCCUCCAAAUGGAAAUUGCAGCCUUUUAGUUCAUGAAUUGCCAUAGUUAUUCAGGAACCUAUGUCCUCCUACCAUCCAUUAUGCUUUGUAUUUUAAAGAACCUUCUACAUUUUAAUUCCCAUUCUGUAUAAUCUUGGGAAAUGAACAUAAAAGCCGAUAUAUUUGUGAAAUUGCUGUUGGUGCCAUUUAUUGUUCCAGAUGCUUUGCGGCAAAUUACCUCACCGUAGUUAGCUUGCCAUUUAUUUAUUUAUUUUUUAAAAAACCCUGUUAUAUGAGUAAAACCAGGGCUAAUCCGGCACCUGAAGUCAGGUGUGAGUUUCCACAGAUCAUGGAACUAAUUUUUUUGAUAGGCCAGAGAGUAGACUUUUCCUCCUAAAGCUUAUUUUUCACUCCUGAUAACCUUAGCUUACUCUUGAGUCUGCUGAUGCCUCACCUUUCUGUGCGGGUGAUGCAAUUUUUGCUACAUUUGCACAAAAAGGUGACAACUUCUGUCAAAAAUAGAGCAGACAAUACAGUGGUACCUCGGGUUAAGUACUUAAUUCAUUCCGGAGGUCCGUUCUUAACCUGAAACUGUUCUUAACCUGAAGCACCACUUUAGCUAAUGGGGCCUCCCGCUGCCGCCGCGCCGCCGGAGCACGAUUUCUGUUCUUAUCCUGAAGCAAAGUUCUUAACCUGAAGCACUAUUUCUGGGUUAGCGGAGUCUGUAACCUGAAGCGUAUGUAACCUGAAGCGUAUGUAACUCGAGGUACCACUGUAAUGAUCUCCUCACACCUGUGCCAAGUCUUCCAACCAACAGUUAUAAAAGUAUCUUAUCAUUGCUGCCAUAUUACAUCUUCUUUUUCCAUUGUACCACAUAUUUCCAUAUACCACAUAGACAAUGCCGCACAGUGUACAACAACCGUUGUAUUAUGCAAGUAAGGAUGGCAGAACUUUGAAAUACUUCUUUUAAAAUAAAAAAGCUAUACUUCUACAGCUGUAUCUUAAGGGUCAAAUUCUGCAGAUUUCCUCAAGCAUCUUUGAAAGUCGUUUUAAUUUUAACAGUGAUGGUGCAGCCUACGUUUCUACGGUAACUGUCUACAGUACCAAAUUUUCCAUUCAGAUCUGAAAUAUUCACAUAUUUCAAGUGGAAACGUCAUACACUUCAGUUCUUGUUUAAGCAAGCAUUUUUAAGAAGUAUUUUCUUGUCAAAUGUUUUAUCCUUGUUAUACUACCAGCUUUUGUCAUGUGGCUCAGCCCUUACGCAGUAAAAAUAUAAAAGUUUGUCCCCUUAGCAAAAGUACUCCUGAUAUAUUCAUUAAAAAUAUUUUUACGUGUCCCCAUAAAAAAUUAGAGCAUCAGAGAACAUUAAUUGAGAGAGCAAAACAUUAACAGAUUCUACUCCAUAUUGUGACUAUUGAUUUCCCUUCAGCGGUCUGUGCGUUUACAGCAAUUGCUGUAGCAUAACUAAGAACUAAAUCAAUUGUUCUUUUUCAAACCGAUGUAAAAUUAAUUCAGUUUGCAGUCUUGUUCUGCUAAGAACAGUACAUUUCAGAAAUAUUUCAUUUCAUUUUAGUUUUCAGGUUCCUUUCUUGAAUGCUCUGAGGAGAGCCAGUUCUGUUGAAACUUGUGUAGUUUAUUUAAAUUGUUGUUUGUGUUUCAUACUCUAGUUAACUGUUUGUUCUAUUUUGAUGCUUGAAGUCACCUUGAUAAUUUAUUGAAUUACCUAAAUGAAACGGCCCUGAGAGCUUGUUGAAUGGUCUGUGUGUUGAAUGUCUAAGUAAAAUGAGUAUAAUAAUUUCAGCUCCCUUUUCUAUCUCGUAUCUUAUAGAUCAGCAAAUAUGCUUUAUAGCAAGUUGGUCCCACAUAUUGUAUUUUAAACAGACUUGAUAUACAGCUUUCAGGUACUACCAAUUAGUUGCGUAAUUAACAAAUGUCUAUUUAAAAUAAGCUCACUUCUUGUGUGCAGUCCACACAAGGUUUAAUUUAUUUACCUCUUUACUUUGUAUUUGUAUGUUAUUAAUGGCAUAUAGCUAUUUGUUCUGGAAAACAAAUGCAUAGUUUUCCUUUUCCGAGUUUUAUCUAUACUCAUCCCCACAAAGAUGCCGAUAAAAAAAAUCUUAAAUGAUAUUCCCAGCUAUGGCUGUACCUUGGCACUUGAUGUGUAUCAUUUUAGCUCAUGCGAUAUACCAAAUAAUGUGUGAUGCACCAUUUUUGUCAUAUCUCAUGGGUAGGCAAACUAAGGCUUGGGGGCCGAAUCCGGCCCAAUCGCCUUCUAAAUCCGGCCCACGGACGGUCCUGGAAUCAGCGUGUUUUUACAUGAGUAGAAUGUGUCCUUUCAUUUAAAAUGCAUCUCAGGGUUAUUUGUGGGGGCUGCCUGGUGUUUUUAUAUGAGUAGAAUGUGUGCUUUUAUUUUAAAUGCAUCUCUGGGUUAUUUGUGGGGCAUAGGAAUUCAUUCAUUCCCCCCCCCCAAAAAAAAUAGUCCAGUCCCCCACAAGGUCUGAGGGACCGUGGACCAGCCCCCUGCUGAAAAAGUUUGCUGACCCCUGUCUUAUCUAGAUACUGGAAUAUUAAUAAUUAUUUGUUUGGUAUAAAUAUUCCCAAGAAAAGUAAACUGCAACAACAAUUUCACAAUGGCAAUCUUUAGAAGUAUUAAAAUUUCUUGCUAUAACACCAUUGCCCCUAUUUCCUGUUAGUACUUCACAUUUUUUUAAAAAAAAAUAUAGCAACUAAUGGUUAGAAAAUUCAGGACACCAUCCAGCUAAAUUUAAGCACGGUAAGGUCCUCCUGGGCAGUAUCCAAGUAAAUAAUUGUGUGUGUGGAACAGCUUCCACUUGUGCAGCAGAACUUUCUCUUUGCUCAGUCCUCCAUCCCCAACCAGUGCUCCAGAAGGUUCAGGGAAUCUCCAGAACCAAUUUUAGGAAUGCAUGGAGGCGGGGAGAGCAGGGCAAAUUCCCAGUGCGCAAGCAGAAGCCAUUCCAUUUGCAGAAGGAAUUACUAAGCUAAGCACUAUUUUGGGUACCACCUUACUGUUUCAAUAGGUGAGAAUUGGACGUUGGGUUAACUUUCCCAUUGAAUUCAGAAAGACUUAACUUUGGCUUAAUCAUGCCAUCUGUAUUUAAACUGAAGUGUGUGUGUGUGUGUGUGGUUCCUUUGUUGUACAGUCAUACCUCAUGUUACGUUUGCUUCAUGUUACGUUUCUUCAGGUUGUAUCCCACAGCGACCCAGAAGUACCAGAAAGGGUUACUUCCGGGUUUCGCUGCUCACGCAUGCGCAGUAUCGCCAAAUUGCGCUUCGUGCAUGCGCCAUAUUGCGCUGCGCAGCUGUGCAGAUAAGGCGCUUCAGGUUGCGGGCUUUUCAUGUUGCAAACGGGCCUCCGGAACGGAUCCCGUUCGCAACCAGAGAUACCACUGUAAUAGAAAACAGAAACAUGUUGGUUGGUAGAUGUUUUCUAAAUCUCAGCCGCAUUAUACAUGUGCAUUGCACACAAAGAGCACUCCACUUCGCUUGGAAGUGGAUGGAAAAACUCAAGUGAUGUUGAGUGCAGUCAUGUCAACCAAUCUACUUUCCCUGCAGGAGGCAAAGGAUUACUUGCUUGGUUUUUUAUUUUAUUUUUAUACAGAACUUCAAUCUUCUGAAGUAACCACUCCCAAAAAUAUCUCAAGUUGAUUGACUGCCCGCCUGCCUACAUGGAUCAUAUAUUAGGUGAAUAUCAGUGCUUUUAAAUAAAUAUAUCUUGCUUAUACCCAACAGAAAAGCUUAACAACAAAUCAAACAUAUAUGUCAUGUCCACAGACUAGGAAGAGAAAAUCAUCCUGAUUUAUUUAGUGUCAAUAUUAUUAUUUUUAUUAAAACAGAAGAAAACAACGACAUAAUCAGGAAAGAUGUCUUGGCGUAAAAUAAACUGAAAUGGAACAGGAAACGUUUCUGAAGGACAGUGUUUGGUGUCAAAGUGAAACCUUAACAUUCUUGAGCUUUUAGUAAACACUUAUUAGUGGAAAAGUCAGAAACGGGAGAUGGAUAAAUAACUGUAUACCAAGUUAUUUAUUUACUUUUGUAAAAAAAAAGAAGCAGGCCCUGAUAUACAUUUUUAAAUUAAAAACUCUUGAUUUAAAUAUUUCAAAAUUAAAUAUAAAUGUGAAAAACAACACACAAUAAAUGGUUUUAAUCCACUGUACCUCCGAUGUAGAAUGGCUAUCAGGCACAAAAAUCCAUAGUGGAAAGUAGUUACACCUUAGACGUUGUUGGAUAACCUUCAUUAAAAAAAUAUAUCCAGAGAUCCCCUUGUCCAUCUGCAGUACCCCCCAGUCCUUCGCAAUAUCUCUUCUGAGAGUCGGGUGACCUUUCUGAAAGGGGUGAACAUUCAGACACACAAGUGUGUUAAAGGGGAAGAAGGGGAUCGCCCAAAAUCAGGAGGCUGAACCUUCUGUGAGCAGGAACAUCUCUGGAUCUGAGCCUAUAAAAAGUAAGGUUGACAAGCUCCCAAUUUUUGACACUCACUUUAUUCCAUGUGAAGUGCCCCUCAAGAGUUGUCCUUGUUCAUUUUGGCGCAUGCAAAUGAAAACCCGACUGUAAUAAUAGACCGAAAAUAAUGCCUUAAGAUUCUUAUUGGACAGCCUAUGGUUUUGUCCUUCUGAAGAGUUAGCAAAGCAGUUCCCCCCCCCCCCCAAAUUAUGACAGUUGUCAGGGAAAAGAAGGAAGAAGUAUGAUAAACUUCUUUCUAAAAGCAUUUGAAAACAUAGUUGCUGAUUUAUAUGCAGUCAUUCUUUUGUGUUUACUGUCACUCCUUUAAACCCUAUUAAUUGAGUAAAUUUCAAAUUUUCGGAGAACUGUUUGAUGCCAGCGAAACAAGAAAAACAACAAAAAUUGUAAGAAGUUUUGCACUGUUACUGUAAUAGUGGCAUUCAUUAAAAUUACUUGAGACCUUUAUUUUAAAUGCUGGUUAUAAGAGCUUGUGUGUGACCUGAAAUGAAUGUGAGACAUUCUUAUUUUUAAAGUUGAGGAGGCUUUAUCUAAUUAUCGACUGCCUUGCAUAAUGAUUUUGAAAUGUUUGUAGCAUAAGUGUGUGAAUGAGACAGAUGUAGAAACAGCCAGCUCUUCAUUAUUGAAUCAUAGGAAAAAAGCAAUUUAAUGAAAUGUAACUGGCAAACCAAUUAAGCUUAACUUUAACAUUUAAGCACUAUUCUGUUGCUGAUUAAGAUGGCUUGUUUUGAAAUUUCCCACCUGUUGAAUUCAAUAAAAAUUGCUUACUGAAAUCACUGAAGUUUGAAAAAGCUGCUUUCUUGCAAAUGUGUUAAAUUAGUGAGCAGCGGGGAGUUUGGCCUAUGUGUAUGUAAGGCAUGAAAGGUUUACGCAAAUCAUUCUGUCAAUCAAAAUCAAUAAAGCAGAUGACAGAUUUAGACGCUAAAUUUUUGCAAAACGGGACAUACUGCUUGAGUCAUCAACAUAGCACUAUUGGAUUUUCUAGGAGUUAAUGCUGAAAACCAGGAUUAUUGAUUUUUGGAUUUUGAACAUAUCGUCUCAAGGAUUUCCUGAGUGUACUUUGUGAUGCUUCACACUUAAGUUGACAACACCAGGGGCAUUUCUGUGUCCUUGCCUUUGUAAUCGUUUUCUAAUCAUACUGAAAGGAGACAGAAGUAGCUUUAUAAAAUUAUUAUUCCACCCCCCAAACUCGUGGAACGGUGGGGUUGUCUGGGCAUUGCCUCUUUGUCUGGUGGCCAAUGUUACCUGCCAUCUUCUCAAAGGAAUUAACAUACAGUCACAGAUUAAGACCUUUGACUGUUAUAAAUCUGCUUUCCAAUAUGUUUGACUGGCAGGAGAGCUCUCAGUCUAUCCCUAAUAUAAAUAGGGUAUUAGCACAUCGGGCACCGCUCUAAAGUUAAACAUACAAUUUUGCGGUCGACUUUCCUGGGUGUUGCGUAUUCAUCUCUCUUGCCCACCCCAUGCGUAUGCAGGCUUCCGUGUGUAUAUGCAUGUGAGCGCAUGUGUGCAUAUGUAAAAUAUAAGGCUGACGAUAGGAUAGCAAAAUGAACUACUGUAUGCAAGAAAUAUAUGAAGCUCGCCCGGCUGCCAGCAGCAACUGCUACAUGCAGCCCUCUGAUUAUUGCACUUAUAUCGAAGAUAGUCAGAGUUACAGCAGUUGCGAUGCUCAGGUCCUACACAAUAAUAACAUCUAUAUGGAACAGGCCUGGGCGGUGAAUCAGCCGUAUACCUGUAGUUACCCUGGAAACGUUUUUAAAAGUGAGUACUCCGACAUGGACGUGGCCCUGCAUCAGUACAACCAACCUGAAUAUUUCACCGAAGAAAAGCCUACUUUUUCUCAAGGGCAAUCGCCAUCAUACUCUCAGAAGAAAGGUAGGAAAUGCCAAUUUUUGUGGGUGUUCUUUUUGUGACAUAAAAAUAAAAUCCACCUGAAUUUUGUCCGUUUGCUUGCUUUACACCUGCAAUUUUUCUCCGUUGGCUCAGUUACAUCUUUGAAUGUGAAGACUGCCUAUUGAGAAUCGAAAGCAGCAGCAGCAGCAGCGACAGAUGUUGCUAGGUGAUUGGGAAAGGGUGUUUUUUGAGGGGGCAACGGGAGGUGAAAGACAAAGACUUGCCAUUACUUUUACUUUAAUUUCAGAAAGCUUAUGUAUAUACGUAUAUUUCUGUGCCGUUAAGCCUGUUGUCUAGAUAUAUGUUUGUGCGUGUGUUGGCUGGUACGUUUUCAGAUUGCCUGGAAAAGUUUCUCCUUAGUAAGGUUUUCAUUAUCGACUCAUAACAUUGCCAAGAUGUAUUAUUUUCUUUAUUUUUUGCAUCUUUAGGUGGUUAUGCCUAAUUAGCAUUGAUUAAAAUGUUAUUUAAAAGGAUAUUAAAAUGUACAGCCAAGUGUAAAAACAAGUUACAAAAGGUCAUAUGCUUAAAAGUUCCUUAAAGCAUUACGCUCUGAAUUAUAGCCGGCAAAGUAAACUAUUAAGGAAAAACCUGUAGAUAUGAAACUUUAUUUUGAUCCACGUCCGGUUAAUUGAGUGUUUGAGUGGGAAGUAGGCUGGAUUGAAAAGUGAAUACCCAUUCUUCUAAGCCUUAAAAUAUGUCUGUUUCUCGGAAUCUUAGUAUAACAUUACUUCCCAGUAAGGAAAACACAGAAUAUUGCUGAGAAAGUGUUUAUGAAAGGUGUGUGCAAAUAGUGUUAGAAUUUCCUUUUUUGUAACAGAAACAUUAUAGAUGUUUCAUUUGAUGAAAUACCUUGCUUGAGACUGAAACUCUGUGCAUGUUUUCAUGGGAGCAAGCCCAAUUAAACUAAGUGGAGCUUACUUUUGAGUAGACAUGUAUGGGAUUGUUCUGUAAAACAUCGAUAUGAUACCCUCCAGUUAUUAAGACUCAACUAUCUGUGUGCAAGCAAAGCCUAGCUUACUUACAUAACUGCUCAAGCAACAGUACUUUCUUAUUUUCAAAUGAUUCUAUAGUUCAGUGUAAGCAUAUUUACAAUAGGUUUAUUAAACCUACAGCCCUUUUUCCUGGUAGGAUAAAUAACUAGUUGCUCCUGCUAUAUUAGACCUAAUUAUCUAUAUGUGUCUAUAUGAUGAAAAGUAAAAUGAAAAAUAUUGCCAGAAUUUGGGUUGUAGGGACUUAAGGAUGAUACACAUUUUUUUAAUUUCUAAAAAUUUAAAAAAUGUUCAUGUUAAAAAAUUGAAAACAAAUUACUCUUUGGGACCCCCCCACUUCUUUUCAUUGCUCUUUCCUAUCAUAAAAUAUAUGUGUUUGAUUAGAAAAAGUGCAAAUCAGAGUUCUGUAAACAAAUGCUUUCAUUUGUUGCCAUAUAGUAGACAGUUGUAUUAUUUGGGGGAGCAAUAUGUUUUUUCACUCAUUUGUGUAAAAAUAGUACAUUUCAAGCUUCCUGUUCAUGUUCAGUUCAUAAAAAUUCUUAGUCACCUUUCUAUUGGAAAACACGCUACCCCCCGCCAAAAAAAAAUGAAAUUAAGUACCUCACACUAAAACAUAAGUUGGCUGUUCCGAAUUUGCAAUAGUGUAAAAUGUGUAUCUGUCCUUGUAUUUGACAAUUCUUUGGUGUCUGGACAUCUUAAUAUUUUUUAAGUAAUACUUGAGAUAACUGUGUUUGGCUUAAAAUAAUAUAGGGCUAUGUGAACAUUUUGCAACUGGUUAAUCUUACUAUUCUCCCAGCAAGUGGAUUUAAUAAUGGAAAACAUUACAUACAGUUUUUGAAAGCUGUCUUUCCCUAGAAUAGCUAUCUCGAUAAAUGUUUCAGGGCAUUUUCAUUGUGAGCUAUCUAUCCCUCAAUUAAUAUUUUCUUGCCCGUUGAAAAACGAACACGGAAAGAAGGCUUGCAGAUUCAUAUGUUUGUAGAAGUGAAGAAUCAACAUGGCUUUCACAAAAGUAUUCUAAUACUGUAUUUGCUAAACCGAUCGUAUUUGAAACUUUAUACGUGUUUGUUGGUGGUUUUUGCUUGGAAGCUUUAAGACAAACUCUUAUAAAAGUAACCAAUCACUUAAUCCUGCUCCGAGGACAGACGGCUUUAAUAAGAAACAUUUGUGACAGUAUUGAUCCAAAAUUGAUUCCCCCCCUUAUUCUUCUUCCACCUUUUUUGUUGGCAAAGUCUUACUACUGGCUCAUUAAAACAAAAUUAAGAUCCAAAGCAGGUGUUCAUGAGCUUUGCCCUCGUUCCAGGCAAUUCUUAAUAACUUCAUUUCUAUUAAUUAUGUUUGCUACUAUGUUUGUGCAAUGCCACUCCCUCAGAACAAUUUGUAACAAACUUCUAAAACUUGUGCUGUUGAGUGUAUUCCCAAGCAGAGAAGAGAUCUCUUUCUUUCUGAUCCUAAUGAAAAGCCCGUCCUUUUAAAAGCUGUACAGCAUGUUGUUUUCCCUUGCAAUACAGCCCCAAAGAGAAACUGUGUUUCUAAUAAAAGUCGAGAACAAAAGAUCCACGUGAUGUGUGGGACAGCAUCUAUGGGGAAAUUAUAAGUACCUAGAAGAUUUUGAAAAAAUAAGUGUUCUACGUUGUAAUCAUAAGUUCCCAGCUUUUGCUAUAUGGUGUUUUCGUUGUAUUUAACACCUUGCUAUCUUUUCUUUUUGUGGCUAAAAAAAAAUGGCAUAAAAUGAAUCUAGAAGCUGGGUAUCAGAAUCUGUAAUUUAUUAUGCAUCGAUUAUUCUUACAGCGAAUAUGCAAGCCCAAAUUGUAACAAUAAUCAAUACAUUAUUACACAUUCUGAAUUUGAGCCUCUUGAUUAAUGUUUCUGGGAUUUGCAGAACUUGUUUCAAUGUAAGAUAAGCACAGCUGGUGUUUUGUUUUUUCUUUUAAAAUGUUUAGGGGUACUCUCAUUUUCCUACUCAUAUUGAAAUACUGCCCCUCAAUGAGGCGAAACUUAGAUUCACAAAAUGUUUAGGUGGGUAUGCAUACGUAGAAAAAAAACACUUGGCACAACUAUGAUUCAUGACAAAGUCAGAAAUCAGUUUCUACCACAGUAAGCCUUCAGUUCACGUUCUCUCCCUUCCUCAUUUUUGUUAUCUCAAGGAGGAACUGCUAUUGAUUUUGAACUGAGCACAGUUUUCUAUCCAAGACCGGUUUAAUCCUGGAUUCUUUUCACUAAACAUAGUUUAAGCAAGCCACAGUUCCUAAAUUCAAAUGUAACAGGGCACUGUGCUAGGUUCAGCAGAGGAGGGGAGCUCAUGUCAGCAUGAGGCUCACAGCAGCUCGUUCUAAUAUCAAUUCAAUUCAAUCAAUUUUAUUGUUUAUAGCCAAUGGCAAUUACAAUACAGUACGAAUACAAAUCACACAAUUGCAAAAUGAAAAAACACGAAAGCAAGGCAAAUCUACAAUGUCCAGAAAUUUAAGAAUGUUCCUUCUCAUCAGCAUCACUAGGGUUUAAUACUUGCACCAUCCAGAAAGGUUGUUCUUUCUAAUAUCAGAAACAAUAAUUUCCCAAUAAAUCUUAACCAAGCCAAAAAGAACCUGAACCUUCAAGGUUCUGUACUUUUCAGCAAUUCUAUGGAUUUAAGUGAAAAUACAUUGUGUGAACAGGGGACAUGGGUGGCGCUGUGGGUAAAACCUCAGCGCCUAGGACUUGCCGAUCGUAUGGUCGGCGGUUCGAAUCCCCGCAGCGGGGUGAGCUCCCGUCGUUCGGUCCCAGCUCCUGCCCACCUAGCAGUUCGAAAGCACCCCUAAGUGCAAGUAGAUAAAUAGGGACCGCUUUAUAGCGGGAAGGUAAACGGCGUUUCCGUGUGCGGCGCUGGUGCUAGCUCGCCGGAGCAGCUUCGUCACACUGGCCACGUGACCCGGAAGUGUCUUCGGACAGCGCUGGCUCCCGGCCUCUUGAGCGAGAUGAGCACGCAACCCUAGAGUCGGACACGACUGGCCCGUACGGGCAGGGGUACCUUUACCUUUACCUUUACAUGGUGUGAACAAAGGUUUGCAAAUUUUGGCACUGAAGCCUUUUUUUAAAAAAGCUGCCUUUGAUGUCAGCUGUGGAAAUUUCGGUGUCAUAUCAUGCAGACAAGAUAAUCUGUAUGUACCAUUACAAUGACAGUGUAUACAAUUUGCAAAGCAGGUGGAGGUGACAGAUUUUGUCAUCGUAACCCAUCGUAACAAUAACUUGAACUUCUUGGAGUAGGUGGUAAGAGUUAAAGUGUGGUUUUACUUAAAGGAUGUUCUGUUCAAUCAUGUUGCUUCCUUCUAGUUAUUCAAUCAUGUUGCUUCCUUCUCAGGUGUGAGUUAUCUAAUAUGAAGUCCUUUCCAGACUUUUGCUGAAGACAGGGAGUGGACUGGGAAUCAGCUCAUACCCACUUUUCCACAUUUUUAUCUGAAGCUUGUAACGGAGACUGUGUGUGGGCUGCGUUUAGAUUUUCAGAUGAAUAUGGAGAAGUCAAAAGGUGGUAUCGUGGGUGAGAAAAGAGGUAGAAUGCUUGAUUCUUGGGUAUGAUGCACAAGCUUCAAAAAGCACGAGAUAAUUCUCAGAUGUGGCCUGUGCUAGUAUACUCUUGUCUCUGUGAUCCUUUAUCUUGUUUUAUAUCCUGCCUGUACUUUGAACAUCCUUAGACUGCAGUUCUGUUCUCAGGCGGCAUAAAAUGAUGGGAUCUAAAGAAACACGGAAUUUAGAAGGCCCCUUCAAAUAUGUUUUUCUCAAACAGCAUGAUCUCUUUCUGUACUGGACGGCAAAAUUCUAGCGAAGCUGAUGGACAUUUGAAACGUAAAUUGGGCUAUGUCGUGAAGAGAGGGAAUGCUCAAAAGUUCCAGGGGGAGAAUGCAACUCCAAACAUCAAAGCAUUUGUUUGUAUCGUAAUCAUUAACUGUGUGCAGGUCAAUGAAUAGAUCAUAUGCUUUGUCUGCAGAUGUUCCUGGUUUCAGUCCUUGGCAUCUCCAGUUAGGAUUGGGAAAGACUUCUGUCUGAGGUAUUAGAGAACCACCGGCUGCAUAUAAGUGCAGACAGUGCUAACCUAGAUAGAUAAAUGGUUUAAUAAAAUCCAGCUGUUAGGAAUCUCACUAGACACCCCAUACGGCUUUAUCAAAAAAUUCUGCAUUUGAUAUAAUGAAACGCACAUUGUUAGACAACAAACUCCAAGUACUUAGUAGCCAAAUCGGAAAUAGUGUAUUUGCAAGUCUGGGUUUGGUGCGAGGGGGACAGCCAAUGGCGUCUUACCUUUCCCUUUUGACCAACCCGAAUCAACACAGGGCCUAUAUGCUAGCGAGACGGAAUGUGCUAUUCUUGGCAAUGCAACACGGGAGAUUCCAAAAAAUACCACUCCUAGAGAGGCUAUGCCCCUGUGUACAGAGACAAGUGGAAUCAGUCAUGCAAGUUAUUUUGCACUGCCCCUGGUAUCAGACAAUUUGAUCUUAAGUUUAUCAAUCGGUUGUUAGUAGGGAGUGGUAUUCAGACAAAUGUAAGGUAGCCUUUCUUAUGUUUACUCAGGAAUGGGGAUAAUAUGGAGCUGGUAGCCAGGUUUCUGAAACAUGCGGUGAGGAUUUGUGAAUGCUAAACAACACUAAUUUAAGAGCUAGAAUUAAAUAUAAAAAUAUUGUCCAGUAGCACCUUAAAGGUAAAGGGACCCCUGACCAUUAGGUCCAGUUGUGGCCAACUCUGGGGUUGCUGCGCUCAUCUUGCUUUAUUGGCCAAGGGAGCCGGCAUACAGCUUCCGGGUCACGUGGCCAGCAUGACUAAGCUGCUUCUGGCAAACCAGAGCAGCGCACGGAAACGCCGUUUAGCUUCCCGCCGGAGAAGUACCUAUUUAUCUACUUGCACUUUGACAUGCUUUCGAACUGCUAGGUUGGCAGGAGCAGGGACCGAGCAACAGGAGCUCACCCCAUCGCGGGGAUUCGAAAAGCCAGCCUUCUGAUUGGCAAGUCCUAGGCUCUGUGGUUUAACCCACAGUGCCACCCGUGUCCCUCGUGUGCAUGCACACGAAAGCUUAUACCCAGAACAAACUUAGUUGGUCUCUAAGGUGCUACUGGACAAUUUUUUAAUUUUUAAUUUUAAUUUUUUUAUUUCUUUUGACUGUGUCAGAGCAACACAGCUACCUACAUGAAUUAAGAGCUAGAUGCAGGAUUUUCCAAGGGGGAAACAGCAUCCUUCCUGUAUUGAGCUGCAUGGGCCUAUAUAGCUCACGCCUUCUCUAAAGACAGCGUGAAAAGCUGGUACAGGGGCACCUCCAUUAUUAUUAUUAUUAUUCUGUUUCUCUGUAAAUUUGAAGCAACUACGAAUUUCUUACAUAAUUUUAACUGCGUGGUGUGUCCAUGGAAUAAAUUGUAGCAGUCUGUCUGCAGGAUAAUCAGUAUGUAGAAUGACUGCAGCUUUUUCAGAUGACCUUUUUCAUUCGGCGCUUUUUAACAGAAGGAGCCAUUUUUCACUCAAUGGCCAUCGCUUGGCCAAUAUUGGGGAAAAGGAGAUGGCAAAUCUGCGAGCAUUAGAUUUCCCCGGUUAAGCAUCAUCAAGGGUCAACAUCAUAAUAAGCAAUAAUACUGGUACUUAGUACAGAUAGAAUCCUUUCCCUUGUUUCGAGGACUGAAGGGCAAUCUUAAGUGGCUUGCCUAAGGAAAUGUAGCAAAUUGGAUAUGGGGGUGGGAAUAUAAUCUGAUUCUCCCUCUGGUUUAUCCAGUGAUUCAUGCUACCUGAACAUUCUAGAGAUAUAUAUAUAUAUUGAGCUAGAAUUGAGUUUGGUUGGCAAUUCUCACUUUUCAAUGUUUCUAACGAGGUACAGUGUGUUAGAGUGAUAUUGACUUGUAUCUCUCCCAAGUGCAGCUCAUUGUACUUACAAUAAUUUUGAAGACAAGGAACAUGCAUUUAAGAGCAAAACCUGCAAUCUGCACCUUUGUGAGUAGCCAAACACCCACUACUUUUCACAGAGGCCAGGAAUAGGUCUCUUAGGACGAGGCCUUUAACCCAUUUGCUCGUGAAGUACCCCACAGCUUGAACAGAACUGUACGAAUACCCUGUAAUUUUCUUAAAAGUGUUACUCAUUUCCCACACAAAGGGACACACAGGUAUUUUUCGCUUCCAAGAAAGUAAUGUAAUAAGGUUCCACUGGAGCAUUUGCAACAAGAAAAAUAAUAGCAAAUAGUCAACUGUACUAGACAUGUGGGAGCUCUUUAUCCAACCUGUGCCAUGCUGCUGUUUUUCUGUUCACAUACCGUAUUUUUUUGCUCUAUAAGACACACUUUUCCCCCUCCAAAAAUUAAGGGGAAAUGUGUGUGCGUCUUAUGGAGUUAAUGCAGGCUCCAUGGCUUCAGUGAAAGCAACGCAUUGCUUAUGCUGAAGCCUGGAGAGCAAGAGGGGUCGGUGCGCACCGACCCCUCUCGCUCUCCAGGCUUCAGGGAUGGCCACCCGAUGCUCUCCAGGCUUCAGGGAUGGCUGCGCUCCGGAGGCUUCAGGCGGCCAUCCCUGAAGCCAGGAGAGCAAGAGGGGUCGGUGUGCAGCGAUCCCUCUUGCUCUCCUGGCUUUGCUUCGCUGGGGAGGCACUGCACAGCUUUCCCUCUCUGCGCAGCGCCCCUUCAGCGAAGCGGGAGGAGAAAUGGAAUGGGCUCCGCUUUUCCUUCCGCUUCGCUGAAGGAGCGCUGCGCAGAGAGGGAGAGAUUUUUUUUCCCCUCCUCUAAAACUAGGUGCGUCUUAUGGUCGGGUGCGUCCUAUGUCUGGCAUACAGCUUGCUAACAGCUCAUACCUCAGAGGCUUAUCGAUAUGGUGUGUUUGCUUCAUAUUAGCAUCACAAAACCAAACAUGCAAAUAUUUGAAAGCUGGUUUUGGAUGUGAUAUAACUAGUUAGGGGUCAGCAACCUGCAGCCCAUGGCGGUCAUUUAAAUUGAGCGAGGACUCGCUUCCGCAGUGCCAGAAAUCACCUCUGCGCAGACACAAUCCGGCCCAUGGAGUGAUCUCCGCGGGAGUGAACUGGCCCAGGCAAGGUAAACCUUGCCGACUCCUGGACUAGAUUAUGCAUCCUAUUGGAGGGGAAUGGUUACGAUUUCAUGACUUACCAAUAUUUAUAAAAGUACAGAUAUUAUUUCAUGAUUGCUAUUGUGAUACCCACUGCUGGUGUGUGUGUGUAAACAAACAUGUACUUAUUGUAGUUUGUUAAUUCACUAGUUGUAUAAUCUUAUAUUUACUAAAAUAAAACAUUAAAAGUUCAGCAUAAUUACUGAACUUGAUGUCUUCCCAAUAUCAGAAGCUCAUCUUGUUUGUAAUCGCAGCUAAAGUUUCUUUGCUUAUGUACAGUAGCAUUAGCUGAGAUGCAGAUCAUAUCUUCGUCAUAGAGGGUAUUUAUUUUGCCAGAGCAUGAUAUUACCCAGAGUGUUGUCUCUUCUCUUUAUAAUAGCCUUUUGAGCACUUCAAAGCAUCAUUAAACAGUUCAUUAAACAGGGGUAAGUGUAUCGAUUGCCAUGCUGUGCAUUUUCAAAGGAAUUCAAAAAAACCACCAAUCCAAGUGGAAGUUAAAUAAUUGAAUAAACUUAUAUGAGUCUCGUAGAGCCAUAAACAAUGUCAAGGAGGAUAGAAGAAUAACAGAACAGCAAAAAUGUGAAAGGGUAUACAGAUAUGCCACUAAGUAUAUAUUUAAAAUUAACCAUAUUAAUAUUUUAUAAAUAAAUAAAUAACAAAGCUAUUGCUAUUUGAUGAUUUCAUAAUCUUAGUACUCAAGGCGCAGCAGUGUUGCCAUUGGAGUAAAUAAUUUUUGCUCCAGAUUUCUGGUAGCGUACUGUCUCUGCUGUUAGCAACGUUUGUUUUGUGGAACUGUUGAAAACUGCUCAAGAGACCUUUGAACCUCAGCAGUGCUUUUUUGGGGGGUGGGAAAUGUGCCAGUACUCACCAAGGGGUACUGGUACUUCGUACCCUUGAGUACCCCUGGGGGGAAGCACUGAACCUCAGUAUCAUCAGCAACACAAAGAGAGUAAGGCCUCAAGAUGACUAUUAGCCUUCCAAAAAGAUCUCCUCUGGACCAGUGUUUUAUUGCAGAUGUAUUCUGCAACAUGUUUUUGACAUAGUAAUUUGUUGUUGUUUAGUAAUUUAGUCAUGUCCGACUCUUUGUGACCCCUUGGACCAGAGCACGCCAGGCACUCCUGUCUUCCACUGCCUCCCUCAGUUUGGUCAAACUCAUGCUGGUAGCAUCGAGAACACUGUCCAACCAUCUCGUCUUCUGUCGUCCCCUUUUCCUUGUGCCCUCCAUCUUUCCCAGCAUCAGGGUCUUUUCCAUUAUCCAUUCUUAAGGAAAUCAGCCCUGAGUGCUCACUGGAAGGACAGAUCGUGAAGCUGAGGCUCCAAUACUUUGGCCACCUCAUGAGAAGAGAAGACUCCCUGGAAAAGACCCUGAUGUUGGGAAAGAUGGAGGGCACAGGGAGAAGGGGACAUAGUAAUAGUAGUACCUUAAGGGUGGAUUUAUUCUGCUUUAAUAGUUGCGUUGUGACGCUUCCCCAAUGCUACCAAAUUAUUGCUGUCCAGAGGGGCUAGGGCACAAAAAAUAAGCAGUGGGGGAGGAUGGACGACGACCCGUAACAUGGUAUGAAAAGGUAGAGGAUGUUAGCAGGAAGUAACAGGAUAUGCCCUGCUUGGAAAUAUAACCAACCCAAAAUGUUUGCAGGCACAGACAUUAUUGGAAGUGGAAUCGUGGUUGACUACCCCAAUAACAGAAAUCAUCAUGAAUGCGCAAUAAAAGUGCAUCUUUUGAAACCUGAGUUGCAUUAAGAUAAAUGCUCUUAAACUGAUGACUCAUUGUCCAUUUUGUGAGCACCAGUUAGCCAAGUUGGGAAUGGACAUAAGCACACUGCAAUGAUGUUCACUUGGACAUCCAUGUCUUGCUGUCUUCAGAUUCCAUGUCUUACUCCCUGAUUUGGCUGGAAAAAAAUACUCUUUCUGAAUUAGGUUAGGAAAAACAAACAAAGGUGACUAUCAAUACAGUCUUGACUAUUUUGCUGACUAAGGGUCUUUCAAAGAAAUCUUAUUAGUCCAACUUGAAAAAGGCACAAACACAGAACUCUACUCUGCUUCCUCUAUAGCAGCCACAUAAUGGAAAUCUCUGUGAUGAUUCAUUGGGUCUAAAGAGCAUUGGCUGAGAUCUGUAUAGAAUCCUUUCUUGUGAGGUCUGGUAGAUAGCUUAUCCAUGAACCAGCUACUUCUAAGUAAAAAACAAUAGUCACUGUAUAUGCUCCAUGAGGCCCAAAAACCCACACCUCUUGUUAAAAGAUCAGAUACAAUACUUUUAGCAGUAAUACAAUAAGUUUAGUUGGUUUUUUUUAUUUCUGCAUUAAUGAGUUUGCAAGAAACAUUUUUCCUUUGCAUUUGAGUUGAAAAGUUGUGAAAUUUCUUCAAAAUGGUUUACAAUGACUUGUGUUAAAAAACACAUUCUAAUGUAACAUUAUGUAAAUUAAUAAAGAUGCACCUACAAUUUAUAUGUAUUCUGAAGAUGGGUGUUAAUAUUUUACUUAAUUUCUUCUCAGAAGGUAUAUAAUUGGAUACUGGUGUAUAAUUCAGAUUAAAUUGUGAGGGGUCCUCAAAUGUAUUUUGCAGUACAAAGGCCCCCAACAAAUUUGGUUGAACAUUUACAACGCUAAAUAAUUUUUGGGUAUAGACUUGGUAUGUUAUCUAGGAUCAAUUGGUUCUACAGGCCCUGCAGAUCUUGAUCAAGUGUAAUAGAUUUCAAGAGGGAUUGUUCAGAUUGGAUUAUGGCACACAUUCUUCUAAGGUGUGGGCAUCUGCUCCCGCUGAGUAUUUUGUCUUGCCAAGAGUUCAGAUUAGACAGAUUUGCAAGUCCGGACUUUGACGAGACUGCAGCUUUACCUUCAACUGCCAUAAAUAUACUAGACAGAUGAAGGUCAAGGUCAUUAAGAGUCAUUUGGGCUCCUCUACCCAAAUCUUGACCUGCAUUUGUGUGAUAUCCUUCGCAUUAUGAAGCAAUGUUGAAAUCGUUGUAUGCUAACAAUAAGCACCUAAUUGUUCUUUAGGACAAGAGCACACCAUCUUUGUUAAUUUACCAGCUGGUUCUCCCCUCCUGACUCCCCUCUCUGUUGCAGACCACACUCUCUCAUUCUUUAUGCUUUUGGGUCCAGUCCAUCUCUUUAAAGUCAAGAUACAGGUGUGCCCCGGAAAUAUUGCGUAUUUAGUUCCGGACCUCUGCAAUAAAACGAAUAUCACAAUAAAGCAGGGUGGAUUUGAUUUAAAUCAAAUCGAUUUAAAUCACGAUUUAAAUCUUUAGUUGGUGAGACUUGUUUUAAAUCUUCUUUUUUUACAGAAAGACUCAUUCUUGCUAGUAUCAACUAAAUAUUUACAACCAGAUGAAGGUUUCAUUUUUGGAAUAAUAAAUUUUUCAGAGUAGUUUUUACAGUUAUAUCAAAAAUUACUGAUUUGGUUAUACUAUUAGAAAUACAUAGACUGAUAAUUAUGAAAUUAACAUUAUAGCAUAUGUAUCCAUGUUUGUUAACUGAUGUGGUUAAACAAUUUUUUUAAAAACAACAACCUUAGACUGAGUUUUAGCACACAUGAAAAACUUUAAACAAAUUUCCUGAUGAAUAGCCUUUGGACUAUAAUGUUACAUAAAUAGGAAACUAUCUUUAGAAAGAUUUUUCCUCCAAAAGCAUUUUAUUUUAAAAAUCUAAUUUAAAUUUUUUUUUAAGUAUUUUUUUUAAAUUGAUUUUUUUAUCCACCUUAAUAAAGCAAGUCACACUCUUUUUUGUUUUUUUGUUGUUUUUUUUUUGUUUACACUGUACUGUAGUCUAAUAAGCCAGGUCCCCCAGACUGCAGGGGCAGGAAGAGAGAAACCCAGUUCCAGCCCUAGACAGCUCCACUCCCAUGACCAGAAGAGGGGCAGCUGUAGGGAUUUAUCUUCCUUCCAGUUUAAGUUAUUUUAGUGGUUUAAACUGUUGCGGUCUCGUGUUUUGAAUUGCUUUAGCUGAUUUGCUGUGCUUGCCCGUAGAACGUUUUAGACUGCUUUUUUAUUUUGGAAUUGUAAUGAUAUGGUUUCAGUACAGUGGUACCUCGGGUUAAGUACUUACUGUAUUUUUCGCUCUGUAAGACGCACUUUUUCCCUCCUAAAAGGUAAGAGGAAAUGUGUGUGCGUCUUAUGGAGCGAAUGCAGGCUGCACAGCGAUCCCUCUUGCUUUUUCUGACUUCGCUUCGCUGGAGAAGCGCUGCACAGAGAGGGGAGGGAGAGAAUAUUUUUUUUCUUGUUUUCCUCCUCUAAAACCAGGUGCGUCUUAUGGCCGGGUGCGUCUUAUAGAGCGAAAAAUACGGUAAUUCAUUCCGGAGGUCUGUUCUUAACCUGAAGGACCACUUUAGCUAAUGGGGCUUCCUGCUACCGCCGCGCCGUCAGAACACGAUUUCUGUUCUCAUCCUGAAGCAAAGUUCUUAACCUGAGGUACUAUUUCUGGGUUAGUGGAGUCUAACCUGAAGCAUAUGUAACGUGAAACGUAUGUAACCCGAGGUACCACUGUAGUUGUAGUUUAGUUUUCGUCACAGACAUGAGCCACUUUUAAGGCUUGACCUUAAUGGCAUAGAAAUACUGCAAAUUAAUCUCUGUGCAUGCAUCUUAUUAUUAUUAUCAUUUAUACUCAGCCACUCUGGGCAGCUCCCAACAGAAUUAAUGAUAAUAAUAAUAAAAACGAUAAAACAUCAGACAUUAAAAACUUCCCUAAACAGGGCUGCCUUCAGAUGUCUUCUAAAAAUCAGAUAGUUGUUUCCUUGAAAUCUGUUGGGAGGGCAUUCCACUGGGCGGAUGCCACUACUGAGAAGGCAGUGGCUGCAGUGGUUCAUUUCCCUAGUGCUCACAGUUUUUCAAAGUGUGGUAGUAUUUUAUUAUUUUUAAUUCAUUUAUUUAUUAAAAAAAUAUUUCUGUGCUGCCGUAUCAUAACACAUCAGGGCUAUUUACAAUAUCACAGCAUAAAGCACAAUUUAAAAAAAUACAAAAACAGAUAAUCAUCACGGCUAAUCAAGAUAAAAAUUAAGCAGUUGAAAAGGCCUGUUACCUCAUCCAGUAGCAAAGGCUGUAUGCUUAUUUUUCUGCAGGGAUAAUAUUCUCCUGGUUCAUCUGGGAUUCAUUUGGGAAGUGAACAUGAUGUCUAACAAAGCUUUUCAUAUUUUUUUCAACCCCCCCCCCCCCCCGGACAUGAGAAUGGUACAUGAACUGCUUGGCUUGGAUUUCCUGAGGUUACUGAAGCACUAGUAUAUAGUGUGUUAGACCUCUCAUUAUACCUUUCAUAUUCCAUUUAGCAAAUUAGUAAACAUGACAUAAUCAGUCACUUCUCUUUGACACCCCAGAGACUCUCUAGCUAUUGUAACCUCGUCCUUUUCAAAAUGGCUUCUCCUGUUGUUGUGAAGCACAGUUUUGGGCUCCCAGUUCAGCUGCCACCUGAAGUCACUGUCAUUAUGACACUAGAGUGCAAGUCCUAUACAUGAAUCAUCCGCAUAAAAAGUUCAAGGGAGACCCAUUAAGGAAUGACCUACCUAAGAUGAAGAUGGUGAGGGUGAGGAUGAUUAAUUUUUUAUAUUGCCCUUCAUCCAAAGAUCACAGGGAGGUUCACAACAUAAAAAUGCAAAUUGAAAACACAAAAUGCAUAAUAAAAACACCAAAAAAACAGACCAAAUGUAGUCAGUCCCCUGUGACUACUCAUUAUUGAGCAACAAAUUGUAACUGGCAAGGAUUUGUCACCAUGUUAGUUGAUAACGGCCAAUUAAAAAGUUCACUUUACCGAGUGAAAAUUGUGGUUUUAGGUGAAAAAAAUAUAUACAGUGGUGCCCCGCAAGACGAAUGCCUCGCAAGACGGAAAACUCGCUAGACGAAAGAGUUUUCCGUUUUGGAGGUGCUUCGCAAAACGAAGCUCCUAUGGGCUUGCUUCGCAAGACGAAAAUGUCUUGCGAGUUCCUGCGGUUUUUUUUCCCUUCCCCCCCCUUUUUCUAAGCCGCUUAUCUGCUUAUCCGAUAAGCUGAUAAGCCGCUAAAAGCCGCUAAUAGCGCUAAUCCGCUAAUCUGUCAAUGGGCUUGCUUUGCAAGACGAAAAAACCGCUAGACGAAGAGACUCACAGAACGGAUUCUUUUCGUCUUGCGAGGCACCACUGUAAUAUGAUACAGAAUAGUGUAAUAUUCUGCAGCAGGGUACCAGUGCAUUUAUCCUCCUCGCUCUUGUACUAGGGACAAGACCCAAAACAGGGAUAUCACUUUGGUUUCCAUUGACAUUUUGCAGUCUUUUAUUCCCUCCAGUCACUGUAUAUGAAGGGCUUGUCUGUUUGGACACAGAUGCCGAGGGAGCAUCAAUGUGCCCUUACUAGGAACCUGGAAUUCAUCAUGCGAAAGGCUGGGCUGGAUGAAUCCCUAGCCGGAAUUAAGAUUGCCGGAAGAAAUAUCAACAACCUCAGAUAUGCAGAUGACACAACUUUGAUGGCAGAAAGUGAGGAGGAAUUAAAGAACCUUUUAAUGAGGGUGAAAGAGGAGAGCACAAAAUAUGGUUUGAAGCUCAACAUCAAAAAAAGGAAGAUCAUGGCCACUGGUCCCAUCACCUCCUGGCAAAUAGAAGGGGAAGAAAUGGAGGCAGUGAGAGAUUUUACUUUCUUGGGCUCCAUGAUCACUGCAGAUGGUGACAGCAGCCACGAAAUUUAACUGAAUUUAAGACACCUGCUUCUUGGGAGAAAAGCAAUGACAAACCCAGACAGCAUCUUAAAAAUCAGAUACAUCACCUUGCCAACAAAAGUCCGUAUAGUUAAAGCUAUGGUUUUCCCAGUAGUGAUGUAUGGAAGUGAGAGCUGGACCAUAAAGAAGGCUGAUCGCCAAAGAAUUGAUGCUUUUGAAUUAUGGUGCUGGAGGAGACUCUUGAGAGUCCCAUGGACUGCAAGAAGAUCAAACCUAUCCAUUCUUAAGGAAAUCAGCCCUGAGUGCUCACUGGAAGGACAGAUCGUGAAGCUGAGACUCCAAUACUUUGGCCACCUCAUGAGAAGAGAAGACUCCUGGGGCAGGAGGCUGAUGUUGGGAAAGAUGGAGGGCACAAGGAGAAGGGGACGACAGAGGACGAGAUGGUUGGACAGUGUUCUCGAAGCUACCAGCAUGAGUUUGACCAAACUGCGGGAGGCAGUAGAAGACAGGAGUGCCUGGCGUGCUCUGGUCCAUGUGGUCAUGAAGAGUCACAUACGACUAAACGACUAAACAACAAAACUAGGAACCUGAGAUUUAUCAAUAGAGCCCUGGAUUUCCCUGGUUGAUGCAACACUGGACCUACAUUUUGGAGCAUUAGAGAAGAAGUUCAGGCGAUUUGGCCUAGGUAUUAUGCUUAGCAUCUUGCUUCAGCUGCUGCUGUUGCUGUAGUAGCACAACCCUCUGUUUAUACCAAUAUAGUUAAAAAGGCACUUGAGGCCAUGCUGCUAAUCUUUCAUCCAUAGAAAAUGGCAGAGUCCCAUUUUGUGGAAUGGUUCCAAUUAUUUUUAUUAUCAGAAUUACUACUGAAUGUGAGUUAUUAAUAUAGCCAAAGCUCCACAAUGCUUGUCGAUUGCCCUGUAAUUAUUACUAUUAUAACGCAUAGUGUUCUCAGUCCAGAAUCGAGUUAUGUUGGGUUGAACGCUUUGUGAACUUACACAAACAUCUUGCAUCUUAAAUGUGUAACAUGUUGAUGCAGUAAACAAAUAGACUAUAUUUCAGAGUGCGUUGAGUUGAGGGGUAAUUUGUUUCUCUUCCAUUCAUUAUUUUAGGAGCUUUGGCGAAUGUGUAUUAGGAAGAAUCCCCGCCCCCCCCAAUUACAGGACAGAAUCAAAAACAAUAAUUACUCUUGAGGGGUACCACCUACACCUACCAUUGUCUUAAGUUAGAAUUUCACAUAGUAUUAAUGCCUUUCUUUCACUUUAAGCCUUCCCCAAAGUGUUAGAGCUGAUCAUGAGCUAAACGUUUUAUUUUACAGUGGUACCUCUGGUUACGAACUUAAUUCGUUCCAGAGGUCCAUUCUUAAGCUGAAAUUGUUCUUAUCCUGAGGCGUGCUUUUGUUAAUGGGGCCUCCCGCUGCAUACGGUCCUCCGGCACACAAUUCCCAUUCGCAUCCUGGGCAUAGCUGCCAACAUUUUCCCUUUUUUAAGGGAAAUUCCCUUAUUCCGAAUAGAAUUCCUUUCAAGAAAAGGGAAAAGUUGACAGCUAUGAUCCUGGGGCAAAGUUCGCAACCAGAAGCAGCUACUUCCGGGUUAGCGGAGUUCGUAACCAGAAGCGUUCGUAACCAGAGGUACCACUGUAUGUGGAAAGACAUGGUUAGAAUGAAAAAUGCACAUACAGUACAUUUUGCCAGGAAUAUCCCUGAGCAGAGGAAUAGCUUCCCUUCUUCUGCUUACUGAUCUUUCUUACGAAAGCUUUAUGAGUUUGGCAUUCCAUUAUCAUAUUCUGCACGGGUGUUUUCGUACUAGAUGAACCUUUCACAGGACAUGACUAUUACCUGUGGAUUUGACCCCUUUCCAAAGCUUUCAAUUUACUCUGAGCCUGGAAUACACCAGACCGCUAUCCAAACUUUAAUAUAACCCUUCCACAGCCUUUCCUCUUCCUUUUGGCAGAUAGCUAUACACACUGUUACUAGCCCAUUGGUGCAUACAAACUGGUGUAAGUCAUUCCUGGCACAUACACAGCCUGAAAACAGGCAUAAAAACAAGUCCUUUCUUCCAGUGUACAAAAACUUUCUUGCCAGGGUGCCUGGAGGCAUUUCUUGAUUACCAGAGGCAAAUAGGCUACUUGGAAGUCUCUGCCCUGAAAGAUACAGAAACUACUUUAAUAUGGGUGAACUGUAUUCUGUAUUUUUAGGUGAUGAUCCAUAAGUCCAGUAGAGUGCUGAGUAAUAAGAUACUGGUGCAAUAAGAUGCUGAAGCAUAAAUAGGUGGGGCUUUGUUGUGAAUACUUUCCCUUUUCUUCUUUAAACUCCAGUUCGGAAUACCUCUGGUUACAAACUUAAUUCAUUCCGGAGGUCCGUUCUUAACCUGAAACUGUUCUUAACCUGAGGUAUCACUUUAGCUAAUGGGGCCUCCCGCUGCCGCUGCGCCGCUGCUGCACGAUUUCUGUUCUUAUCCUGAGGUAAAGUUCUUAACCUGAGGUACUACUUCCAGAUUAGCGGAGUCUGUAACCCAAAGUGUUUGUAACCCAAGGUGUUUGUAACCCGAGGUACCACUGUAAAUGUUAUUUUCUGGCCCAAUCAUAUUUCACAUCCCCACCCAAACUUUACAUUAACCAGUGUGACCCACCAAGUCAAAGACAAGGGACACUGAUGUGAUCUGCAAGUUGAAAAGUUUACUGUGCAGUUCCAGUGACUUGCUGAUUUGAGUAUGUCCAGUUUAUCUAGGUGAUCUCUGAAAGGGUCCUCUCCACUUUUAACCUUGAUGAAUUGGUGGGUUUUCUGUGUUAUGUUGGUAACAUGAUAAUUGUUUCUCUUCUUGGCAAAGACUCAGACAAAUUAGGUAUUUUGUGCGCUUAUUUUCUCUGCGUUAUUUGUUACAAGUUGUCCAUGCAACCCAGGAAUUAUAGUGGUUUGUUCUGUCCUUCAAUCAAUGUUUCAUUUUAAGGGCGGGGAGGGAACACCUCCGCCGCCGCCCGGCUCGGAACGGUGCUCCGAAGCCGGGCGGGGGAGGGAAGACCUCCCGCCGCCGCCCGGCUCGGAACGGUGCUCCGAGCCGGGCGGGGGAGGGAAGACCUUCUGAAGGCGGGCGGGGGCGAAGUCUUUGCUCCCCUGCCUGCCUGUCCCGGAGGGCUUUGAAGGCGGGGAGCAAGACUUUCGCCCCCGCCCGCCUUCAGAAGAGGUCCAGGACCUCUUCUGAAGGCUGGCGGGGGCAAAGUCUUUGUCCCCCUGCCUGCCUUCCCAGGGGCUUUAAAUUGCCCCGGACAGCGGAGAAGUCCUCCGCUGUCCCGGGGUGAUUUUAAAAUGCCGCCCGCCAGCAUUUUAAGAUCGCCCGGACAGCGGAGAAGUCCUCCGCUGUCCCGGGGUUUUUUAAAAUGCUGGGGGUGGGAAGAAAAGCCCUUGCCCCCCAGCCUUCAGAAGAGGUCCGGGGACAGACUGUCCCCGGACCUGGUCUGAAGGCGGUUUCCCUAGGAACGCAUUAAUUGAUUUUCAAUGCAUUCCUAUGGGAAACCGUGCAUCGCAAGACGAAAAACUCGCAAGACGAAGAGACUUGCGGAACGAAUUAAUUUCGUCUUGCGAGGCACCACUGUAACACAAAUUGCAUUUUGUCUUCCAAAAUGUGGGGAUGAUUUGGGCAAAGGGAGGCGCUUUCAAGUCCCAUUGAUUUCAGAAAAGAAAGAAGGCACGUGAUAGAAAAUUUUGCCUUGAGAUCAGCAGGGCUUAAAAUUGCUUAAGACUGGAUGGAUUGUGCCUUUUAUGCAUAAUACUGAUUCUGGCAGUGACUGUUCCUCUGUACAUUUUUAUUUCCCGUAACCUUUCUUUUUGGUCUUAGUCGUCACCAAACUCCUUUUGAUUGUGCUACUUUGGUCUCUCUAUGCACCUCCUACCUUUUAGUUAAGAAACUUUCCUCUCAGAACAACUGUGUUGGAUCCGCAUUAAGUAUAUGUAUGAUUUUUCUAGUUCAUGGGUAGGCAAACUAAGGCCCGGGGGUCGGAUCCGGCCCAAUCUCCUUCUAAAUCUGGCCCGCGGACGGUCCCGGAAUCAGCGUGUUUUUACAUGAGUAGAAUGUGUCCUUUUAUUUAAAAUGCAUCUAUGGGUUAUUUGAGGGGCAUAGGAAUUCAUUUAUUUCCCCCCAAAAAAAUAUAUUCUGGCCCCCCACAAGGUCUGAGAGACAGUGGACUGGCCACCUGCUGAAAAAGUUUGCUGACCCCUGUAGUUCAACCUCUUCACUGACACUCACUUUCUCUUUCCCUACAGGGUACAUACCCAGUUACUUAGACAAGGACGAGCUAUGUGUCGUUUGUGGUGACAAAGCCACGGGGUAUCACUAUCGCUGCAUUACUUGUGAAGGUUGCAAGGUAAGUCUACAGCAAGAAUUACUACAUGAUCGUGGCCACAUAAAGAGCUAAAAUAAGACAAUGUCAUAUGAUUUAAAUUAUAAUUUGUAAAGGAUAAGGCUAUGGCUAUCAGUCACUAUUCACUUUUAAUAACUAGGGGAAUAUGAUAGCUUAUCAAUUACAAUUUGAUCCAAAUGCUUGCACUAAAUUGACUUUAUGGAUUAAUCCAGAUUUGACAACAGAGGGGCAGUCUUUUUUGUGGAAGAAAUGUGUUGGAUGUUGGAUAUAUACAUUAGAUAGCUAAUAGCCUCAGGUGGAUUUAUUUUUUAUUUUUGUCAUUUCCUGUUUUACAUCUUAAAUAUCCAUUUCCGAUGAAUGGCUGGCACCUAUUUAUGGCCCAUCUGCUUUGAGUGCUUUGGCAUCUCCUAAAUUGUUGGAUCCUUGCAAAAUGCUAAACCAAAGCUGUUGCUUAUACAUGUUUAGCAGAUCUUUGUAACGUAAAAGUUCAGGAACUCAGAGAGUUGUGGAAUAGGGAAUUACGAUUGCACCAAAGAGCCCAAAGAAUAGAAAAUUGCUUAAGAAUCUAUAUGGAAUGUUUCCUUAGACUUGAAAUUCAGACUCAUACAGUAAAAAAUAGUGUUUUGAGUAUAUUGGACUCCACAGUGUUUGUACAAGAAGGCACUGUCCAAUACGCACAUCUGUUGGAGGUACCGUAUAAUGCUAAGAAUGCCUCAUUAUGUGGGCUUGUCCAGUGAUAUAUUCUUUUGGGGCUGAAGUUGUUAUUCACAUCAAUUUUAUAUUGGCAAAGUCUUUGCUAUUUGCAUGUUCGGGUGCUUCUAUAUUAUAUUCCUCUAGUAUGGGGAUUAGUGGUUGCUAUGAGAUUUAUACUUCAAGCCUGGAAAGAUAAAUAUCCACCUUUGAUUACACAGUGGUCUGUGGCUCUCAGGCCAUUCAUUUGACUGCGUUUAAACAUAUUUCAUAUAGGCAUCAAUUUUCGUGUGGAUACCUAUUUUGGACUUUGAGAGGGCUUGUAUUAACAUAUAUGUUUAACUUAAAAUGCAUGUAAUGAUGGCUACUGUAUCUGUAAUAUGAAGGGGUGGUGUUUUUUUGUUACUACUAGUAGUAUUCAUAUGUUAUUUAUUUUCCUCCCUUCCUUCCCUUUAGUAAUUUCCCCCUUCCUUUUCUUUGUUAAAUUUGCAAAUGAGAAAUUUGAGUAAGGAAACGAUGGCUAUACAUUAUGUCCCGUAUCUGUGGGAGACUGCUAUUGCUUUGGGUUUACCAUAGGCACCUGAUUGGCUCCUGGGAUAACAAAAUGUUAGACUAGGUGGGUAACUAACUGAUCUGAUCCAGGAGGGUUCUUCCUAUGUCCUUAAUUUAUUUCAUAAUGUAUCUUGUUCUUUGUCCAGCAAUAAACACUCCAGCAUAUCUAAAUAAAGAUUUGGUUAUGAGUAACCUAAAUGAUAAAAAGUGGGCAAUCUAGGUGCUACUUUGCAUUCUUUUUCCCCCCCACAUAGGGUUUUUUCCGAAGAACUAUUCAGAAAAACCUCCAUCCAACUUACUCCUGUAAAUAUGAAGGAAAAUGUGUGAUAGACAAAGUCACAAGAAACCAGUGCCAGGAAUGUCGCUUCAAGAAAUGCAUCUAUGUUGGCAUGGCAACAGAUUGUAAGCUUCUUUAUUUUACUGUGCUGUUUGUUUGCAUUAGGUGUGUUUAUUUCAGUACAACGUAAUCAUCACUGUUUGUUGGGUGUUUGGUCCCCCCCCCCAUUUUUUUUAUUAUAUAAUUAUAUGCUGGUUGAGAAUAUUGGUUGUUAUGCCCAGCUAAUUUUUCCAUAAAGCUUUAAUUUUCUCUCUACUGUUGAAAAGACUAGGCUUUCCCCUAGCACUGGUGAGUCUGUAUGUUAAUAAGGAUAUGAACAAUUUCUAACUCAGGAGUGUGUGUGUGUGUGUGUGUGUGUGUGUGUGUGUGUGUUACGGAGCUGUAUCAUGCAGGGGGCAGGCAAUUAUCAUGCUUAAAGAUUUGGGAGAAUGGGAAGUUGGAUGCUGUUGUUGCGUGAGUCAUCCUGCAGUUGUUUGUUUUAUUUUUAGCCAGAAAGAAAAGGAGCGCUACACUACUUCUAAAGAACUACAGCAUAUGGCUGCAAGAUUAACCCUUAGUGAAGACUUGAAGUAGCAUAAGUGGAGUAACUCAAAAUGGAAACCCAAAGUGCUAGUGUUGAUAGUUGUUUCUUAAGUUAUCCUCAAAAGGCGGUGGGGGUAUGAAAUAUACUCGGAGUCCUGUAGUGAUUUCAUGCUCUUUAUUGCAGCUUGUAAAACAGUAAUUGAAUUGCACCCCAAACCUCAGGCUUUUAUAUACAUUAUUUACACAUUGAGUCCCGUCUGAUUGGCUCAUUCGUCUUCCCUCCUGGAGCCUGAUUGGUCUUUUCCUGCAGGCCAAUCGGUUGUUGCAUUCUACGAUCCUACCAGCCUAACAGGCUGAUUAACUUCCUCCUGGAGCCUGAUUGGUCUUUUCCUGCAAGCCAAUCAGUGGUUGCAUUCUAGGAUCCUACUUGCCUGUUGUUCUAGGAUCCAAGCUUAGUACAUAACAGGGUAGAAGGAGCCCGUUUUAUAAAACAGGAAAGUAAAGAAGUAUAGAAAGUUGCAACCCUUGGAUUAUGCCGAAAUGGCAAAACUGACCAGAAAGUUCAGGAACCAAGAGGACCAAAACUUUCAUAAAGAACUAGGGGGGGGGUUUAUAAUUUACUCGAGAGACCACUAUAAAAACAGAUUAAAACAUUCGCAGGACUGCAAUAACACUUGCAGUGUAGAAAAUACUAUGGACAAAAUGGAGAGACAUAAAAUUUGGAUGAUGAAAUACUAUGCAGUUGAAAAGGUUGAUAAUAGGACCCAUGGAGAGGAAGGUGGGAAGUCUAGGGAUUCUGAAAAAUCUCUGAAUAUGAAUAUGUAUUUUAUAUUGUUAUAAUUCUACACUUGUAAAAUCGAAUAAAAAUUAUUUCGGGGGGAGGGGAGGAAGUUGCAUCCCACCCGGCUCAUCCGCAUUGUCCACUCUGACUGGCAAUGGUUGUCUGGGGUCCCAUACAAAAGGCUUCCCCAUCACUUCUAACUUGGCACUUUUAAUGCUCGAGAUUGAACCUGCGACCUCUGCCACUCCCUCCUUAUAGCUCUUUUUACCCAAGGGAACUUCAGGCUUGUGCUUGUCAAAAAACAUCCUACCCCCAAGCCGUUUGUGAUAUGGCAAGUCUCCUUGGUUUCCAAAGCAGUGGGGCAUGGAGACUGUUUUUUGAUAAAAACCAAGCCCAAACUUCAUUUUUUUGGGGGGGGGGGUCCUUUCCACCCCGUUCCUUUCUAAUCCCACCCAUGUGACUAGUGAUAGCAAUUAGAAUUAUGGUUCACGGUUGCACAUUUCCCUGAAUUAUUUAUUGCCGUCGUUCCGUUGACCAUUAUCUUCCUGAUAAACUAAAUUGCCAGUUAGCACUAGCUGUCUGGGACAGAGUAACAGGAGCUCACCCCGUUGUGCGGAUUCAAACCACCAACCUUCUGAUCAGCAAGCCCAAGAGGUUCAGUGGUUUAGACCACAGCGCCACCCGCAUCCCUGGAGAUCCUGCCUACCUAGUGGGUGCAAGUAGAUAAAUAGGUACCACUGUGGCGGGAAGGUAAACGGCGUUUUUGUGCGCUCUGGUUUCCGUCACUGCGUCCCAUUGCUCCAGAAGUGGUUUAGUCAUGCUGGCCACAUGACCUGGAAAGCUGUCUGUGGACGAACGGCAGCUCCCUCGGCCUGAAAGUGAGAUGAGCGCCACACCCCAUAGUCACCUUUGACUGGACUUAACCGUCCAGGAGUCCUUUACCUUUACCUUACUUGCUGUCAUUCUGUGCGGCAGCCAAACGAACAUGACAGCCCGAGUAUCUUCUCCAUCUAAAUAUAGCCUCUGUAAAGUUGGACUACAUUACAUAAAACAGAAGUGACAGUUGAACUGCUGCUACCAAUAGCAUGUCAAUUAUGGAUAAACUCUGCUCUUGCUCUGCUCUCUUGGAUAAUAUAACGUGCAAAAAUGAAACUUCCUAGAUAAGCCAGGCAAAUAGUAUGCAGUCUCUCUAACCAGCCACUCCAUUGUGAAGGCUCUAGGCGCAAGACUAGAACUACCGUUGAGAGGAUACUAUGAUGUUUUCGGAUAUUUAGUUGCUGGAACCACUUGUAGUUUUCCCUGACCCCUUGCAAUUAGCACUAUGCUCCCUGCUCACACAGGAAACUUGUAAUUUUAGGGCACAUGCAGACUUCUGGGCGAACCAGACUUCUUUGCAUCAACAUGGGCUUUUAAACAUGCUUAACUUCUUGUGCUGAGUACAGGACCGAGAAAAGGGGUCAUAGUUUUGUAGUGCUUUGUAAGAGGCAUUUUGUUGUCGAUUUCAGUUAUUUGGAAUUGGCUCGAUUGCCAGAGGGUGUGCAUGGUUGCAUGGGUGAAAGUGACAAAUAGAUUUUGCACAGGUAGAUCAAACCUCUUUUCGGCUCCCAAGAUAGAUAGCCCUAAUCCCCCAAAACCAGAUUAUUCAGUUCCAAGAAGUGUUCGCAAUCCGUUUUUCUCUAAUAUGUCCUUUCCUUGUUAUAGUGGUGUUGGAUGACAGCAAGCGACUAGCGAAAAGAAAACUGAUAGAGGAGAAUCGAGAGAAGAGACGCCGGGAAGAGUUACAGAAAACCAUUGGGAUGAAACCUGAGCCAACAGAUGAAGAGUGGGAGCUUAUCAAAAUUGUUACGGAAGCCCAUGUCGCCACCAAUGCACAAGGAAGCCAUUGGAAACAGAAAAGGAAAUUUCUGGUAGGUUACACAACGGUGUGAGGAGCUCGCCAGAACCACUCCUCGCUUGACCUGAUUUUUUAGCAUCAUUUACUUUUUGGUUGAUGGAUGAAUUGGGUGGGAAGCUUUGAUCUCUAAAGUUCUUCACUUUAGGCCCACCGUGUUUCUGCAACAGGAAGUACAGAACAAAUGAGCGCAAUAACAUAUGAAGACAAAGUUGAGUUUCACAUGUUUUCUGCAAUACGCAAACAAAAAUUCUCAAUAUAGUGAUCCAUGGAAACGGCUGGUGUCACUAGAACUAUCCUAGCAUGUGGCCUGUUGUUUACCAUAGUGUCACUGCGAGUUUUGAUAUUCUACCAAUUUAGAUCAAUGGAAGCCAGAAAUAGAAGAGAACAGGAAAAAUAUCAUUUGAACAGGUUUUACAUGCCUGUUCCUUAACUAGAGACAUUUUCACAUUGCAGGGGUCCUUUCUGGACGAGAAAUGCUCGCUUUUGUAUAACGGCAAAUCAGUAUAAGAACCUGCAGAGCACUUUGCUUUAAAAAUAAUGAAACUAAUAUUUAACUGCAGGCAUCUUCAAGAGAGCUGUUCAGGGAAGUUUUUAGUGUUUGAUGAUGUUUUGUGUUUUUACUAUUUUUUGUUGGGAGCUGUCCGGAAUGGCUGAGCAACCCAGUCAGAUGGGCUGCAUAUAAAUAAUAAAUAUUAUCAUCAUCAUCAUCAUCCACUCUUCUGGGGUACCCCCCACUCCAACACACACAUACCAGGAAGAGGAUAUACUGUAUUUUUUGCUCUAUAAAACUCACUUUUCCCCUCCUAAAAAGUAAGGGGAAAUAUGUGUGCGUCUUAUGGAGCGAAUGCAGGCUGCGCAGCUAUCCCAGAAGCCAGAACAGCAAGAGGGAUUGCUGCUUUCACUGCGUAGCGAUCCCUCUUGCUGUUCUGGCUUCUGAGAUUCAGAAUAUUUUUUUUUCUUGUUUUCCUCCUCCAAAAACUAGGUGCGUCUUGUGGUCUGGUGCGUCUUAUAGAGCGAAAAAUACAGUAAUCUAAUAAGUCCGCUCACCCCUUUUGGUGCUGUGGUGUUGUGCAGCAUCGGCCUCCUGUCUUGAUAAAUGGCAUAGGCAUAAGCCCCCGCCACCUAGCAGGAGCCAGAUCCUAGCCUACACCUGGGAUUGGCAAAUGGGGGUUCAGCCUUGGACACAGGCUGGGCCAGGAGGCGGAGUUGACAGAGUCAACAGGCUUUCUUUGGAUCUGCUCCCUGGCCAUUUAAAUAGCCCACACCUGGGGGCCUACCUUCUAUUAUUAUUAUUAUUAUUAUUAUUAUUAUUAUUAUUAUCCACUAGAGGCCCAGGUUUGUCUUCUGGGGUUUUCCCCCACCCCCCAACACACACAUCCCAGGAAGAGGAUAUAAUCUAAUAAGGCAAAGUUGAAUCUACCGUAUAUACUCGAGUAUAAGCCGACCCGCAUAUAAGCCAAGGCACCUAAUUUUAGCACAGAAAACUGGGAAAACUUACUGACUCGAGUGUAAGCCGGUUCACCACACCACUAACCUGGUGGUGGCGGCAGCGGCGAAGGAAGAACAAGCAGCCUGAAAGGUCUCCUUUCGGGCCGCUCGUCCCUCCGCCGCCGCCACCCGCCUCGAGUAUAAGCCGAGGGGGCUUUUUCAGCAUUAAAAAUGUGCUGAAAAAGUCAGCUUAUACUCGAGUAUAUACGGUAAGUAUGGAUGGUCUUUGUUACUGCUUUGGGAAUUUGUUAAAAUUGAAAAGUUGGUUAUAAAUGCUUAACAUGAAAAGUAAGAACGAUUUCCCUGCAUUUAUGUGAUUCUAAUGAGGUUCUGGUGUGUUGUGUGCACAGUUUUCCCUGACGUUUGAAGCGAGCGGGAAAGCAGAACUUACCAAACUUGCACUUUUAUCGAAACAAUGUGUGAACUGAAACACAGCAAUCCUUUGUAAUUCAAUUUCCCCCAAAAUUUUGUAGUUCUCCAGUCCAGCAAAUGUGUUAAAAACUGCAUUGGGGUAAAAUGUGCAUAUACAGCAUAUACUAGUGAAAAUAACAUACAAAAAUGCAUUCCAUUAGGGUUCUGGUGGUUUUUUUUGCAAAGAUGUAUAUUUGACAAAAUCACAUAGAAAAAAAGUGUGUUUAAUGGGAGAAAUUCUCAAUAAAAUACUGAGGAUUUUUUUUUAUAUAAAAUGGAAAAUAAUGUAGAGAACUAAAAUGCGAGAACCCAGAAUUGCCAGAUUCAUCCAUCCCAUCAUCAUGUGAAGUGAAAACCAGGCGCUGGGUGCUGGCCCUGCUCUCAGCAUCGCAUCAUAUCCCAGCCAGCCCAAGCCCCACACCAUGUCCACACAGGGCAUGGCUGCAGAGGAGAAGCCUGCUUGUCAUGCAUAGGCUUUCCGGUGAGAGGGAACCCUGGCCGCACAGUUUUUUUGGAAGUCCUCUCCCACCUUCAGACAUGCUCCUAGUUCCUAGAGAUUGUAGGGUUAGGAGGAUGUAAUGGCAAAAGCCAAAACACUUCACUGAGCAGUGAGCAUGCUGAGUCCCUGUGGGAGCAGGGAAUAGAAAACAGGUGGUGAUAUUAGAAUGGAGUGGCAGGGAACCUGAACAUGCUGCAACAUUUUGUUGCAGGUCCUACUUGCUCCUAUUUGUCAUUUUUACUUAGUUACAGCUUUAGAAUACCGUUUUGUUUCCUAAUACAGUCACACCUUGGCUCCCGAAAGCCUUGCGAGUCGAACGUUUUGGCUCCCGAAUGCCGCAAACUUGGACGCGAGUGUUCCGGUUUGUGAGCGUUCUUUGGAACACAAAUGUCUGGCGUGACUUCCGCAGCUUCGGAUUGGCUGCAGGAGCUUCCUGCAGCCAAUCGGAAGCCGUGACUUGGUUUCCGAACGUUUUGGAAGUCGAAUGGACUUCCGGAAUGGAUUCUGUUCAACUUCCAAGGUACCACUGUAGUGGAAAAUAUUUGUGGUUGAAAUUCCCAUGUGGAAGACAGGAGUGCCUGGCGUGCUCUGGUCCACGGGGUCAUGAAGAGUCGGACACGACUAAACAACAACAACAUGUAUUGGGCAAAGCAUACAAACGUCAACUCAGUGAUAGGAAACAGAAUGCAUAUUUAACGUUAGCCUCUUUGACCUGAAUUCCUGAACUUAGCUUCACCCCUCAAACCAAGUGAUCAACUGUUGACAGAAUAUAACCUGUGUUGGUUCCUAUCCUGUCUGUUUUUCUUACCCUGUCAGGUUAGCACAGCUAUAGGAAUAGCUUUUGGCUAUUAUGAACUUUGGUGAAGCCUCACUGUCCCUUUAGUAAACGACAACAAAUUAUAGGAAAGGUCAGAAAUUCCCCUCCUCUGACAAAUUUAAUGCCGAAGAACUUCUCUUCCUUUUGGAUUUCAGGGGAAGAUAAGUUUUCCUAGGUGGGACUGAGAAACAACACUCGCUUUAGGGUUUCGGGGUGAACAGCUAAAUGGCUUCCACAAGAUAACAUAAAUAGACAAGAAUAGGUAGCUACAUUUGCAAAGCACUGAGCUGCCUACACAAAUGAGUAGUGGCAUGUCAGAAUCUUAUGCAUACAAGAGUUUGUCUUAGACAGUGGCUUCUUUUGAAUACAAAAGUUAAUUUUGCCUAAAUAAUAGCAACAGGGCUUUCUUACAAACAAAACAGAAGAAGUGAUGGGUUUGAACUGCCAGCGCUCCACAAAAGUUUAAGAAGAUUCCAUGUCCGCUGCAAAUAAAUUGUCUCCUUACAAUGUUUUUCUUUUCUGUUGUUAGCCAGAGGAUAUUGGACAAGCACCAAUAGUAAAUGCCCCAGAAGGCGGGAAAGUAGAUUUAGAAGCCUUCAGCCAGUUUACAAAAAUUAUCACACCAGCAAUCACAAGAGUGGUGGAUUUUGCCAAAAAGUUGCCUAUGUUCUGUGAGGUACGGAUUUCUUUCCAGUUUAACCUCUCUCUUUUUACUUUCCUUCUCCUUUAUUUAUUUACUUAUUUUGCAUGUAAAUGUGAACUUUGUUUACCCCCCCUAAAAACAGCUUGAGAUGGAAUUUUAUUUUAUUUUGAGAUAAGAGUUACAACACAGACAACAAAGUAUACACACAACACUACAACAAGAACUAGGAAUUAAUAAACUUACAUAUAACUAUCUCAUUAUAUCAUGCCUGUGAGAUAUCUAGCUCACUAACUAUAUCAUAUCUAAGUUACAUACUGUAUAUCAUAGAAACAAAAAUAUAGGUACCUGUCAGUUGAUUCAGAUUUGAUCAAAAGAUUUGAUGGGCUUCCACCUAGGAAGUAAAGAGAAACCAUGGUUUUGAGAUAUAUAUAUAUCUAUAUAUAUAUAUAUAUCCCUUGCUUGCUGCACAUUCUGAGUAAGAUUGUAUGUAACCAUCAUCUCCCAAUUUUAAUUAAUUAAUUAAGUCCCUGUCUUUAGUCUCCAAGGAGCCCAGGGUGGGAAUUUUAUUAAUGCACUGCUUUUUAUAUAGUUUCUUGGGAGACUUCCCGUUAUGUGCUAUACACAACUUUGCCCCUGGAUACGAUUACUUAAGAAGGCCUUUAUGCAGAAAUACAGAGUUUAUAGAUUCAAAGUGAUCACAUAGCAUAGCUGGGGUAGCUACCUGUGGCCCAAUGUGGCAAAAUUCCUGGAUGUCAUCUGGAAUGUAUUCCUGAACUCUUACACUGUUUAAGGCACUAACACUGCUCCCAUCAAAGGUGAAAUCAUAAACCAAUCUGACCAGUGUACUAACUAUAGUUGGGCAUAUCCGUUGAAGUACUGCAGGGGUCAUGUACAACAUACUGAGAACUUUGUAUUGUGUGUCCUUUAUAGUCUCCUUAGUAGCACUGAUUAAUAAAAAGAAAACGAUCUCCAGCUUAUCUCCAGGAAAAUCUCCAUUGUCUUCCAUAGACUCCCUAAGUCACUUUUCCAUGCAUAUAAAUAUGAUGGAUUGUCUUCCAAUAAUGGCAUUUGAGGAAAUUACAAAUAGAUGAAAACAGAUCUUUAACCAGAGGGAUAACUUCACAACAUGGAUUAAUCCAAAGUGCUACGAUUGGAAGUGCAGCAGGGAGGAAGAAGAGUGGAUUAACCUUUUCCUCAAAAACACAGUUGUUCCACUGAAAAAUCCUCACCCUCAUCUCUCAACUGUUGGGACUGGAGAAAGGGAGACUUGCCCAGGGAAUGGGCUAGUUCAUUUUUCAGCUUCCAGUUUAGAGCAGAACAAAAUUAUCGGGUGAUGCUGAAUCACCCGUGUGUGAAAACACCCUCUUGUCUCUCUCACUCUCUCUUGUGUGUCCCUUUAUCUGUUCCAGAACAUUUUUUAGUUGUUCCUUUCAUACACAGAUCUCAGAUCAUCCUUAGCUGUAGUGAAAGAGAGGGAGGAUAACACUUCGUGCAAAUGGCUUCCCUAUUCCAAGUGAGUUUGGCCAUUCUGGGCCACUUUCAUGUAAUUUCCCCGAACAAAAGAUGUGGCUGGCACAGCUUUCCCGCUGCCCUUAAGCCAUUCGCUCUGCCCCAAUUCACCCUCUUGUCCAAACUUCAGAAUACUUCACAGCUGAUAGCAAAACUCUGCGACACCAUGCAAGUGCCAAAUGAGUCUCAAAGGGAAUGUGCUUGUUUCAAAAUUAUUAAACUAACCAUGUUUAUUUUGGAUAAUUAGAAUAUAUUUUAGCCCUCAUUUUCCUCUCUCUGCUUUUCUUGCCCCCCGCCCUUCUUUUUGGUUAUGAAACAUCACUUCCCAUUUUCCCUGACCUGUGUAAACUAUUGAAGCUGAUGUAGGGAAACCUGACUGAGUGCUUCUCCUUUGGCGAUCACUCAUAGCCAAGUAAGAUAGUGUUCUAUAAACACGGUUUUAACAAUGAGUCCGUAAGUGACUGUGGAGGCCAAUUCUGGAUCCACACAUCCUUCCACAGUGGGGACAUUGGUUUCCAGGCGGGAGUUGAUCACGGUGUGGAUUUGCCAAGCAUGCCUUCCUCUUAGUAGUAGCAUCAGUCACUCUCCCUAUGAGUCAAAUACUCUGCACUUAAAGCUGGCAGCUGAGGCGGGGAAAAGCUGACAUUACAAUCAAGUGUCAAUUUACCUUUGCCGGCAGACUACAUUUUUCAAAAACCAUUCGGCCCCUGGAACAUUGCUUUCACUUCUGCUAAGCCAUGAUCCCUUCGUCCACUCAGAAGGUUCUUUUUUGUCGAGAUUAAAUGUAAUCACAGUGUCAGUACUAUAAAUAACGAUUCCCAACCCCACAGACAGACACACACACACACACACACACACACACACCUCUCAACUUGACUUAAAAAUAAAAUAACUUAAUAACUGAAGCCAAAAUGGAACAGAUUUUUGUUUCCAUAACUACUUUAUGUUAUGGACUACGGGUGAUUUAAUAGUGCUACAGAACUAAUAACAAGAAGGCCUCCUACCCUGAAGGGUUCGAAUUUUCGUUGGCCAAUGGGCUGAAGGUUUUGUGGGGGACAAAGAUGGUUAUAGCAGUUGUAUAACACAAGUAUGUACCAUUGCUGGGUCAUUCACAUUAUUAUUAAUUACUAUUAUUAUUGUUAGCUUUUUACACCAAAGUGCCUCAAAGCAACCUACAUCAUAAUAAUAAAAGUAGCAAGCAACAUUAAAACCAAUUAUAACAGCAGCAGUAAAACAAGAUUUAAAGUGCAAAUCCAGAAAUAUAUAUAAAAGAUGCAUAUCCUACCCACCUCACAUCAAAGGAUGAGCCCAAUAAGGAGGCAGGCAACAUAACUAGUUACCCUCUCAAUUAAGGACUGAAGGCCUUCCUAAAUGCAAAUGUUUUUGCCUGGCACCUAAAACCAGACAAAGAUGGCACCAGUUGUGCUUCCCGGGGGAGAAUGUUCCAGAAGUGAGGAACCACCACUGAGAAGGCCAUUUCUCAUGUCCCUCAGGUGAGGCACACAGAGAAGGACCUCCGAUGAUCAUCGCAGGUUCCAGGCUGGUUUAUGUGGGGAGAGGCAGUUGUUGAGGUCCUGAGCCACCUAAGACUUUAUGGGUCAAAACCAACAUUUUGAAUUGGGCUUAAGAGACUAAACGGUAGCUAGUGCAGUUGUGCCAGAUUUGGUAUAAUAUGAAUUCUGCUGAUUUCUGAAUGAGCUGCCGUUUUCAAAAGCAGCCCCAAGUAUGACACAUUGCAAUAAUAUUACUAUAAUAGAUAGUGAUUUAUUAAUUAUACAAUCAUCAUCAUCAAAAUAGUAAUAAUAAAUUAAACUGCUUUGAAUGUAUACAUAUCCCACCUUGGGACUCUCCAGUAAUCCCCAAGUCUCAGUGAAGGGUGAAAAAUGACAAUGACUUCUUUGAAGGUGGCAUGUGGAUGACAUUAUUAAGAAUACUCUCUCAGCAAGUUUUAGUGAUCACUUCAAAGGAAGUGAUAAAGGGAAGGAAUGAAAGGAAACUGCAUACAAGGGUGGUGCCAAUAUUUAUUUUACUUUUUAGCGUUUGGAGAAGGCCUUUCACUUAAGUGCAGGAAAACUGAGUCUCACUUGCCAUUCUCCGCAGCUGCCAUGUGAAGACCAGAUCAUCCUUCUGAAAGGUUGUUGCAUGGAGAUUAUGUCCCUCAGAGCAGCAGUUCGCUAUGACCCCGAGAGCGAGACUUUGACCCUGAAUGGAGAGAUGGCGGUGACCAGGGGCCAGCUGAAAAAUGGGGGUCUUGGAGUUGUAUCAGAUGCCAUUUUUGACCUGGGCAUGUCAUUGUCAUCAUUCAACCUAGAUGACACGGAAGUCGCUCUCCUACAGGCGGUACUGCUGAUGUCUUCAGGUGAGUAUGAAAAUAGUUUAGUAAUUUACACUCUGGCCACUACACCACACUGGCUUCCUAGAGUACUUCUCUAGGGAAAUAAAUAUGGGGAGAGCAAAAUUAAGCCUAGUGCUCACAUAUACAGUGGUACCUUGGUUUUCGAACAUCUCAGAAGUCGAACAUUUCGGUUUUCGGACGCCAUAAACCCAGAAGUAAAUACCGUACUUCCAUUUUCGAACGUGUCUCAGAAGUCAAACAUGCCACGCAGCUUCUGCUGAGUCCAAGAUCUGGAGGCCUAGCUGUCGGCUGUUUUCAAAUGUUUCGGAACUCGAACGGUCUUCCAGAACAGAUUACGUUCGAAAACCAAAGUACCACUGUAUUGUUUUACCAAAACAUAUAAGGUAAAAUUCUCAAUUGGCAACUGCUCCCAUGUUCUAGCCCUAUGUUUUGCCCAAGAGACAACCCACUACCUUACACUGGUUCUCUGAAGCCUCAGGGAAGCUGUGUCAGGAUCGACUUGCAUUGGGAAAUACUGUGGGAACCUGUCACUGAGCAAUAUCAAUUCCUUAAAAUUUGACUGAGCUCUGCAGAAGGUACUGUUUAAGUAGUCCUGGGUGGAUGUAAGGAAAUAACUUAUGCCUUUCGUCUAAAUUACGCAGAUCGUCCGGGUCUUGUCAGCGUCGAGAGAAUAGAAAAGUGCCAAGAGGGCUUCCUCCUGGCAUUUGAACACUACAUUAAUUACAGAAAGCAUCACAUUGCACACUUUUGGCCAAAACUGCUGAUGAAAGUGACGGACCUACGAAUGAUUGGCGCCUGUCAUGCUAGCCGCUUCCUGCACAUGAAGGUGGAAUGCCCAACAGAACUCUUUCCCCCUUUGUUCCUGGAAGUUUUUGAGGAUUAA